GAACGCAGCGUGAUCCAGCCUGGUUGUGAAAAUCAGGACAGCUCCUCUUCAUCCCUGUGACCGAAAAAAAACAGGCAGGGAGACAGUGGGGUGGAGUACAGGAAGCUGCUGUCUCCGAAAAAUCCGAACAUGGGCGAAAUCUAUUAACGCCUCCAAAUCACAGCUUCUUUUCAUCAUAUUUUCCCGGACCGGUGGCAGCGGAGAUUUGUGAUAUUUUCUGGAUUUAAUCGGAGAUUGAAACGAACAGCGAGAAGAUGUCUCGGGGAGUGAUCCAGCCCAGCCAGCAGAAACUGGCAGAAAAGCUCACCAUCCUCAACGACAGAGGCAUCGGGAUGUUGACCCGUGUUUACAAUAUCAAAAAGGUUCGCACACUCACGCAGUUGUAUCCUCCUGAUGAGAUCCAUUAUAGAAAGAUAUCUGCAUCUGCACCCUAACAAAUCAUAAUAUUGCUGUGAGAGACAGGAUGAAUGCCUGAGUAGCUAGCAUUUACCUACCCUAACGUCAAUGUUUGCUAGAUUAUUAUAUCACUUAUAUUUUACAUAUGUGUCAGUCUGAAACACAACAUUUCAUACUUCGUUUAUAGACGAAAAAAGAAAGCUUCGUUACCCUAAAUAUAUCUCCUCAUCAUCCCGGCAAGCAGGCUUGGGGCACGGCUAGCCAGGAGCAGACGCAUUAGCUUGCGGUAAAAUAGCUCGUUUGAAUUACGAUGUAAACUAAUCUCGCUGGUAUUAAAAACGAAUCUUGUGAGCUGUACAAAGGAAAUGUGCUUACCAGAAGCUAAAAACUGAACUUCUAUACUGAUAUUAUAUCGCCCUGAGAUGUUGUGGCCAAGCCUUGAGGCCUUUAGUAGCAUUAACUGCUAGCUUAAGUCGGCUGGUCAACGGCUGGUAAUGGCGGCGGUUGCUCGCUAAUGCUAACGUUAGCGGUCGGGCGUCGUCUCUGCUCCAUCUAAAACACGAAUCACACCGACACACACCGAACCAAUAUACUGAUAAGUAUGAAAGAUACUGAUGCGAAAUGGGACUACAAAUCGACACUUAAGCUAGCUGACUUCUUAAUAAGUUGUAGUUUCGUUACACCAAAGCUUUACGACAAUUUAAGCUUGCAACACAUUUGCUAUAAAACGAAGCGAAAACAUCAUGACAGGACUACCCAGGGUUGUUAAUUUAAGCGAAUGCAUCAGUUAUGGCCGACGUUUAGCAUUGUGAAUACAUAUUCACUCCAGGAUCCAUUAGGGAUGCACGGUAUUGCUAUUACGCUUGUAUUUUCAAACCUAUUUCAGCCACAAAGUUUAUCCUGACCUAGAAUGUACCUGCUAUUCUAAUCGUGACUGUCUAUAUGUGUGUUAGAAAUAGACAUUAAACAAGACAUGCAACACUUGAUUGUACCAUAAAGUGUAAAUGUGUUCUUUUGGUGCUGCUCAGGAUGAUGGUUCUGUGGAGGCACGCUUAAAUGAGUGUUUAGUUCCCUCCUUCUGUCACCUGUGCCUCACAACACUUCACAUACUUCUACACAGCCCUUUAAGCUUGUUGUUGGUAUGCAUAGGCUGCCAUGGCGUGUACAGUAUUUGUCACCAUUAUCUGUUGAAAUUUUACUAUCUGCCAAUGGUGAGAAUUUAUUUGCAAGCCAUUAUGUGCUAAUAAAGAUAUUUUGGUGAUAAUGUCAUGCAUCCUUAGAAUCCAGUACUGCGACCAACCAACACCUGCUUUCUCUGAUAAUAUUAAAAACUAGGGCCCGACCGAUUUAUCAGCCAAUUUUAGCCCGUUUGAGACUAAGAGGAGAGUGGUCCGCCUCAACGGUAUAUAAACCAGUUUGUGAAGUAGACAAUAAGUCAACUAGUUUUAGUUCAACCCACUUCACGAUGUUGUGGUCUCAGUCACGUCGAGGUUAACGGUGAAGCACCAUGUAAUAUGCAAGCUUAAGUUAGAGUUAGCCACCUGCUAAUAUCCUUGCUACGCUUUUAGCCAUGCCAGUCACGGUAAAAUAAACAACAGUACACAUUACGUGAUCAAGCUACUUCUCUUACUGAGGCAGCUGCAUGUCUCCAGAUGAGACCGGACCGGAAAUUAGUAACAUGAGUUACUAUAUAUAUAUUUAUAAAAUUAUAAAAAAUUUAAAAAAUUGGCUGAUUAAUCAGUAAUCAGAUUUUUUUUCCCCCCAAACAAUUGGUAUCGGCAUCGGUACCAAAAAAUCCAUAUCGGUCGGGCCCUAUUGAAAACACAUUAAUAUGAUGUUUUGGAUUAUAAUAUGUUAUAUUCGUGGUUCUUUAUUUUUACCACUAAUCUCUCCUAGCAUGUCUCUUUCUCAAACUGUGUUGCCUCUAAAUUGUAAUGAUAAUAAUCUUUUCUGUGUUGCUCAACUGUAAAACCAAUGGUUUGUGUGUGGGAGGAAAAGAGUAGUGGGUCUGUUUGUGUGGGACUAGCCUUUGUGCCUGAGUAUGUAAGAUGAAUUAAAAACAGGCAGAGAGAGAAAGGGGCCAGUCAUUUGCAUAUGAAGUUUAAAGGAGUGCAGUGUACAAGCCAAACUGUCUGAAAGCCCAAACUGUUUUUGGUUUGCUCUGUACAGCAACUCAUUAUAUUUGAUCAUUUUAUUCUUAAUUAAAAUAUCAGCAAUAUUUGUUGGCAGCAAUAAAAUGUGAACUUAGAUUUGUGAGAACAUUUGUGUAUUGUGCUCCGUUGAGGAUAUGACAGUAUGAGCAGUCUGGCACAAGUACUGUGAUUUUACUGCUGAUUUUUCUUCUUAAUACGCCCUUCCUUCCUCCCUCCUUCCUUCUUUGCUUUUUUUUUUCUGCACGUUCCAUCAUCUUCAUAUCUAUCCUGAUCUGCCUCGCCAUGAGUCCUCUGAUCAUAGCCACCCUCAAAAAUGCACUUCCAAUGUUUUUUUUGUUGUUUUUUUUUCAAUCAGGCAUUUUACAAAACUUUACAGCAGCAGUAACAAUGGCAUCCCAAAACUAGAAAUUGAAGAACUGGGACAAUAAUCCAUGAAACAAUCAGUGGGCUCAUUCUGGACUUCUUUCUGCCACCUUUUAAAACCCAGUUUGAAGACAAGUUUGAUAAUUGUUUUCUUGAAACUCCUCCAGAAAUUGCCUCAUCAUUAUCAGUCGUGUUACAGUAUCAUGUUUCAAAUGGAAAGACUGACUUGGUUACCUUGUUUCUACCUUUGGGAAUCAGUCAAUCAUGCUUACUAAUGACAAUAUUAUCAUCUAAGAUCACAGAAAAAAUCCUUUUCAUUUCAAGCAUAUUCACUCACUCUUAAGGAAAUCUUGUAAUUGGUUUUCUCAGAUAUACACCUAACUAAACUUUGCUGUGUUGCAUACGAGUUUUUCUUUGCUGUGCUUCUAUUUUAGCCCGAGCAUCUUCUUAACAUCAUAUCUUGUCUUACACACAGCAGGGUAUUUAUUUUUCUUAACCUUGCAUGCGCUCAGAUAACACCUUUAGUCCAUCCAGUCCCCUUAGCUUUUGUGCAAUAUGGUAAACAUAUAUUCAUGAAUUUACUCACAGUCAAAAAAGACAGUUUCUUGGUGCAGCUUAGUGUUAAACCCUGGCAUCAAAGGGUUUCCUGGACAUGUAGGUUGUUAUUGAAACCAAUUAAGGAAGAUAGUAACCAAACUAAUAUUUAUUGCUGUGUGAGUUUUCAAGCAGCUUUCCAGGACUUCAGAUACAUUUACUGUGUACUGUUAGUAAGUGUUCAUUUACUGGAUAAUUAUUUAAGUGUAGGUAUUCUCUAAAUUCAAGAUUUAAUUGACUUUUGAUUUUAAGAUCCUGAUUCUGUUUGAAGUUAAACACUACAAUAAAAAACAGACUGCAACACUGUAAGAACAGAAACCUAGUCAAUGGGACAACAGAUGUAAAAAACUAAGACUAUUAUGUCAAAUGUGUUAUUUGACAUGGAUACAGUGAUGGAAAGCAACAAAGCAGGGUCUGUAACCAGCCUAUUCAGUUCAGGUGUCCCAAAGUAGGCAUCAUCAAUGUUGUAUUUUCCAACUAAGACCUGCUGGAUGUACUGGGACAAGUCAGAUUGUGGUAACAGUCCCUGGACAGGAAGACAGGGUCCACGGUGUGGGUGAUUCAGCAUAUGUACUAUAUUCUUUCUCUGUAUACUUUUUCAACAUUAGCUCUUUAGUCAUUGCCUGGAAUGCACUUGAAAGUGUAGGUAGGUAAAAGGCUACCCCUGUGGCGUUUUUAAGGACAGUACAGCAGCUGCAUCCAAAAAUGAAUUAUGAUCCACUGAGGAAACAUGACAAGCUGACAUUUAAUAAAGGACACCCCUUGGGGCAUUUUAACACCUUAUUUUUAAUAUUAAUGACAUUUUAUGAACUGUUAAGGACACUGUUGGCAGACUUAAGGCUUGCAUAUUUUCUAUCUGAUUUUAUGAGUGAAAACUCUGUAAAAGGGACUGGUAACAGUCAGCAGUUGUGCUAUUGUGAGCUGAGAGUUUGCAGGUUUUUUGGUGGUUAAUUCGAUCUCUGGUUGUGUUUGCCCUAUCAUCGACAUCAACUUCCGUUCUGUUUGGUUUGGAUGAAGACCUGCAGACUUUCGUCUUCUCUGUGGCUUGACUCUGUAUGUGAGGUUUAGAUGGUAGCAGACUAUGGAUGUGUGCAGACUGAAGCCAAAAUAUUUGCUUAGGAAUUCCCUCUUCACAUUGGUACUCAGUCGAGCAGUGUGACAGUGCAUAAAUGCAUACUCAAUACAAGAAAUUCUCUACUGUAAUUCAUAGUAUAGUGAGUUUAACCCCUCCAGGGAAGAAAAAAACACUGUGGAUUGUUUCUUCUCUUUUAUAUUUGGUUUGUGGCAGACAGGUGUCAAAAACGAAACGUAUUUAAAUCUGUUAAGUUACUACUUGCAUUCAUGAGAAAGUAUUAAGACAUGAUGUAACAGACAGAGAGUUGAUUGCUCAUCCUUUUUGCCCCACUCUGGGUUAUCUUUACUGUUCUUGUUCCACUUGUCCUUCUACCCAUCAAGAAUAAGCUCAGUUAGUUUUCUGACAGACCAAGGCUUUGUUCAAGAAUAUAUGCCAUUAAACCACUCUGAAAGUUGGCUCUCAAAAUUGGUUCAGAAGGGGCUGGGCUUGUUUUUCAGAGAGAAGUCAGUUAAAAGUUUAACAAUCAUGAACAAUUUAAUGGAGGCACUGGCCCAUCUUAUUUCUUCCUCUACUGAUUUUCCACUGAGCUUCUAGGUUUCCUUUCUUGACGGUUAAUUGGAUUGGAAUUUUAACUUGAAAAAGGGGGCGGUGUAAUUGUGUUUUUUUUUCUGAUUAAACAACCACGUGUCCACCUUUUCCAAUAUUAUUCUCUUGGCAUACGUUGUGGGCAUGCUCGUAUUCUCGUCUCUUGUGACUUGAGAUUGUACAAGAAUACUUUUAAAUAACAUAGUGGUGCUAAAGGGCCAGAGAAUAAAACAAGGGUCCUUCGAAACAAUCAAAGAUUUUAACCCCAAUAGCAGAAAGAAGUCAUCUCAACCCAUCUUUUGUUGUCAAUAACUUUGAAUGUAGUAUGUUAAUGUUGUUAGUCACCUUUUUAUUAUACAUUUAUGGAGGCAGACAGGGACAAACAGCCCAAAAAUAAUUCAUUGGGGAAACAGGCUGUAGAUUUCGAAAAGCAUGAUUCAAAAAGCAUGAGAAGUCCAUGACAAAUUCAAAUAUGGUAACACACUACAAGUAAAUACAAGUGCCUAGAGAUGUCAAAUUACAAAAUCACAUUCACAACAAACAAGCUGCCAGUUUUUAAACAAUAGGUGUGGGAAUCACUAGUGGCCCCUCAAUACGAUAUUAUCGCGAUACUUGGGUCACGAUACGAUGUUAUUGCGACUUUUAACAUUUUGCAAUACAGUAAGUAUUGCGAUACAAUAGCGUGUUUUUCAACUGUUAAGCUAAUUUAGCAUUUGGCUUUCCUUUAUGAUUGUCUUAUUUAUACUAUAUUUUAUUUUCAUGCAGCACUUGAAAGCCUUAUAUUUAUUUGUUGUACUAACUUUCUCCUGCUCUAUGAUGUCACCUCUGCCAACCUCACUGGACAAACAGUUGAUUUUAUUUUUUUAUUAUCACAGAUUAGCAAUUAAUUUGAAAAGUCGAUACUUGGUAAAUGUACGAUAUACGAUAUAUCACCAGACAGAAUAUCACGAUACUAUACUGUAUCGAUUUUUUUCUCCCACCUCUAAUAAACAAUUAAAGCUAUAAAAUAAUGACGCACAUCUGGUCAUUUCAGUGGUAGUCCUUUUGGGGUGUGAGGGGCACUAAGUGGAUUAUUUAUUGAAUAGGAAAGAGCAAGAGAGAGAAGAAGACUUUAUAAAAUUGAUCCAUUGAGUAGAUAUUCAAACAGCUGCCGCUACAGGCAUUCUUAUGAUGACUGUAUUUGCAGCAUUUUUACACCUUGUUUUGGACUGUGUGGCAUCUGAAUUUGCUUCAAUAUAGAAAUCAGCUGUUUGUUUGGCGUUCAUGUGUUUGGCUUUGCAGCAUGUUCUUAUAUUUGUAGUUUGUUUUCAUCGCUGCAUUUGUCAUGGAUUUUUGCAAAGGUUUCAGGAUUUGCUAUUAGUUUCUUCUAAGUUUGUUUUUGCCCAGUUUGCCACUCUAUUAAUUUGCUCAAAUAAAAUGAAUAAGGGGAAGGCAAUACUCUUCGCUCAGCUCAUGAGAUGAUAAAAGCUACUUUACGUAUGAUACACAUUUUUAGGUUCAUAAGAAUGAGACAGGACUUGAACUGUAUUUUUCAGGAAAUUUCAUGGAACAAUUGCAUAACUAUUAUGAAAUGUUUUAGCUCGUCAUCUUGUGUGAAUGUCAAUUCAGUUUUACUUCCUGACAGAGUCUGAAAUUCCAAAUAAUGCAGUAACCUGUAAGCACUCGAAGUAUCAUCAUUUACUUGUUAGUCUGGUGGUGCUUUUGGGAGAUAGAAUCUUACUUGUUCAUCCAGGCAGUACUAUCAUCCUAAUUACAAUACUGAGAGCCAUUAGAUUUAACUGCAACACGGGCAUUCACCAACAUAUUUCAUGAGUUUUCCAGGCGUUUUAGACAUUUUUCAGUUCGUCUCUGUUCCAGUGACCAUUUUUAGCAAUAACAAGCUUUCACUUUGAUUUUAUCCUUUUAGUAUCGGUGUGUAUUCUGCAUUUCUGCAUUUUUAAUUACACACUUUCUGUAACCAAGAUAUGAGGGCGCUUAAAUGUUUAUCACUAAUCAACAUACCAUAUUGGGUAAAAAUGAAAACAGCAUAUUUAAUCAUGGAGUCUGGUCUUUUUCUUGCUCUUUCUACUGCUUUUACCUCUCAACAAAGGAAUGAAAAUAAAUCACAGUAUCAUUCACAGUUGUCAGUUUUGCCCUUAGUUGUAAUAGAACCACUUAUUCAAGCCACAUGUUCAUUCACCUUCACUGUGUAUUAGUCAUAGAUUACAAAACACAGACAUAGUUUCAGUGACAUCAUCCAUUGGUUUCAGGGGAGACAUAAUCUCCAACAGCGGUGGUCUGUACAUUGAAAUAGGUCAAAUAGAGACAAAGAGGUCGAGAUGAAGUGUGUCCUUACAGGUACAACUCAGCCAGCUGUCAGUCAACUCUGUCACAUCCCUUAUUGUGUGAAUUCAUGCAUGACUUUGAUAUAAUCUUCGCAGAUGUGUUUUAGGAGAACAAAUCAGACUUUAAAGAUGUCUAUUUCCGCUGCAGAAUAUUCAUUUUUGUCAUGGGACUUAAUUGAGUUUCUUUGGUUUAGCAACCAGCCUCAAGUGGACACUUAGGGAACUGCACUUUUUUUUUUUCACACUUUAUUAUAAUGCCUACAGUGGAGGUUGCUGCGUGAUAUUAGGGCAUCCGCUGUGCUGUGGCACCCCCCCACUCUGGGCUCUAGUGAACAAAAAACUCUGCAUUGACUGUUACCAGGCAACAGUCACAGAGCAGAAUAGUGGAGAAAGUAUUCUAGACUGUAAAAAGUACAAAAGCUAAACUUUGUUCUCACACCGUACCGAAACAGACAGCCUGAGUAGCAGCCAAAUUAUCUCAAACCUUCCACACUCUUAAAAAUGGAUCAUUUCAGUGUGUGAGCAGGGAGGGAUACUACACUUUGAACUCUUUGAAGACAGCUUACAUAAAAUAAAAGUGUUAAUAUUAUUACAUGUUGGCGCAGCAUGUUUUUUUAUUUUUUUUAUUUUUAUUGUGUUGUAAUGUUAGAAAUGCCAGAAUGGCUGUCCCUAACUAAUCUGAGAUAUAAAGAAAACACCUGUUUGAAGUCAUGCAUGUGAGUGUGUGUGUGUGUGUUUUUGUGUGUGAAUGAAUGAGUGUGUAGUCCAGUGAUCGAGCAGAUUGUCUGGGUGGGCUCUUUGUUUUGAUUUCUUCUCUUCUUCUCUCCGUUCCAAUGCUUCCCCCCUCUCCUAUGCAGCAAGGACAAGUUUGGAAGGUUUGCAAAGUUUAUCACCUUCCACUGAUGAAACCCCACCCACCCUUUCACCUUCCCUCAAACCCUUCCUCCCCCUCCUCUUUCCCUUCCUUUUUCCCCUCCCCCCGCUGCUCCUGGCUACCUGUACUGAUCUGUCAGUCCCCUCCUUUGUGCCUCACUCUUCCUCAUGUUUGAAAGUGCUGACAGUAAACCAGGGCUCCACUCACUGUCAGUUUUACCAGUCCUGCAGUGGAAGAUAAGUGUUAUUCAUUUGCUCAUAAUACAGAACAUAUCACAUGCACCUGUUUAUGUUUUGUUCGGACAGGGAAAGCAUUUUCUUCUUCUCACUAGUCUAGACAGCUAGAGUGAGCCAAAGGUUGGUUAUUUUCUGGUAUUCAUUUACUAGACACCACUCAACUUUUUAGUAUACUUGAUAAAUCAACUAAUGUGUAAAUUUAACACCCAAGUAAAGGGCUUGGUGAUCAAACCAUUUCCAAAAUGGAUAGCUGUAGAAUUUACUUCCUAAAGAAAAAUGUGGACAUUUGAGUAUUUUUCUAAUAGUUACAUACUUGUAAUUGAGGUAUACUCAAAGUGCUAAUUAUCUUCUUGCUUCUACAUGUAGCUGCCAGUUUAGAGAAAGGCAGCAAAAACUAGUUAACCUACGUUAAGUGAAAGCAACUACAUUGUCCUCCAAAGAUGAGGAAACUGUUCAGAAAAUAUUUAAGCAAGACUUCAACGGCCAGCUGUCUAGUAGUCCCCCCACAAGAUGUCCCAUGGCUGCUAGCAUGGCUGGGUCAUCCAUUUUUAACCUCUUCAUCAAAUUUUUUUCCAGUUUUAAUUAGAGAUGCACUGAUCCAUUUUUUUUCCAAUCCAAUCCGAUACCAAUACCUGGGCUGAGCCUAUCAGCCGAUAUCCGAUACCAAUCCAAUGCUACUGUUGAAUGAGUGAACUGUAUACCUUAUCCUUUGAGUGAAGGCAACAGGCUUGACAUUAGCCUUGUUAAUAAAAAAAGGUAACAAAUUAACACAGAUAUAAAUUUACUUAAUAUUGUUUCUUAAAAAAUAACAAAUUGCACAUUAACACACAGCAAAAAGAAGUAAGACUUCCAUGUAAACAUUUGGUGCAAAAGGAUAGACAGACAUAGAAUAUAGCGCGAACAGAAUCACUGUGUGGCUGUGUAUGCUGGAUCGGCGGCAUUUAUCAGAUAUCUGAUCCAGUUAAUUUGUCAAUACCAGAGCCAAUGUCCGACCCAAAUAUCAGAUCGGUGCAUCCCUAGUUUUAACCAGUGAGUUAUUUGGGUUUAUAGAUAAAAGGGAUCUUUGCAGGGAUAAUGUAUAAAGCUAAUAACUAGGCAGUACUGAAAAAAAUCCUGUUGAGCUGAGCUAUUCAAACACAUGGAGUUAAAUGUAGCAUCUGGAUACUCCUUAAACUGACAGUGUUGUCAAAUUUUUACUGUAGCAUCAUUGAAACCUGCACAUUAUUUUGGACCUGUAAGUUAAAUCUGGGGGGGAAAAAAACUACUGGUCUGAUAGAAAAGAACAAGUCCAAAGAUGCAGUUGACUUUUAAGCAUGAAUUAGGGCAGUGCAAGGCAGUCGGCCAGCUCUUUGCUGGCUGUAGUGGUUCUCUAGUGGAGCUGGUCCUAAUCACAUAGAACCAUCCGGUCUUUAAAGCUCACUUAUUUUGCCGCAGUUAAUCCCUACUUAAGGAAAAGCAGAGCUCACACUGUGUUGAAUAAAAGACAAAUACUAAUUCAUCUCAGUGAGAAGCAGUGUGUUUUGCAUGGUUUACUGGGACUGAAGGAUCACUCAAGUGGUACCACGGGGUGUUGGAAUAUUUCAUCCAGUAAUUAGCAGUUGUAAUUAGCUUUCAGAUGUAGCUUUCCCUGGCCCAGUGAUAUCCAUUACAGGGUCCCCUGCCAUAUGUCGGUCAGAGUGGGGACCCUUUUGAGAGGCUCAGCUCUUAAUUGCCACCUGGAAGUGGAGGAACGAUGGUGGAGGCAAGACCAAGGUCUGUUCUGGUAUCCAGGCAACAGCUCCCUCACUCCUCCCUGACCACUACUGACUCUCAGUUUAUUCCCAUGCCCUGUCCCUUCAUUCACCACGUCUCUCCUUCCAUCCAUCCCUCCAUCAGCCCCCAACCCACCUGAUCCCAGCCAGCCAGCCAGCUUAUUGCAAUAGUUACCACCAGAACUAACGGACAAUGUCACGCCAUGUAAAUGUUAGGAAAUGCUUUUGUUCUGUGAUGGUAAGAAAUUUAGGAAGCCAGUUCUUCUCAUCUGACAAGAAGUAAGCUAAAGAUGCCAAUAACAAAAAAAGUAAGCUAGAUUUCUGAAGAGACUUUUAACUAUAGUAAUGUUGUUCUGCAUGUUUUAGCCCAUAAUUUCCCAACCAUGUUGAACUUAUUUUACUUUUCUGCCUGCUGUUCUCCAAGCACAAGUGUUUGCUUUACAUGUUUUCCAAUGUCUUGUUAAAUGUCUUAGAGCUGCAACAAAUGGUUAUUAUAAUGUCCAUCAAUCUGUCAGAGACUGCUCAAUUCACUGAUUUGCUGUUUUAUUCAGAAAUCCGAGCAUAAUGUCCCAAACACAAGUUGGUGUCUCCAAAUGAUUUCCUUUUCUCUGUCCACAACCCAAAGAUAAUCAGUGAACUGUCAUAAAUGAGGAGUCUGCUUUCUUACACAGAUAUCUUUUAAAUAUGUGAGAAUAUUGAAGAUUCAAACAUUUCCAAACCUUUGCUAUUAAGAUCUGCGUCUGCCCAGCUGUGUCAGGUUUUCACAUCAGCAAUCACCAAUAUACUGUAUCUGCAAGAGGCUCAUAAAGGCCGAUAGUAUGGGCUGACUGAAAGAAUAGAUAAUUACUGGUUAAUUCUGAAGUCAGCAAUCAAACAAAUGGAAAAAGUUGAAAGAGUGUAUGUGUAAUAUCAAUACAACAUAUAGCUUCUGAAACAAAACUUUAAGUUUCUUCAAGUUGACAUUGUUGACCAGCCUUAAGAAGAACAGUUGUAGAGCAACAAGAAAAGCUUCAACUUUGAGUUUUAAGUUUGGACUAAAACAUGGAAAACAACUGUUAGGUCCUUUCAAUCCACAUCCAUGUCUUAUGAAGUAACCAGAAAGUGUUUUUUACUCUGCAGUUCCCCGGCGUCAGUCAAAGGGUAACUACAUAUAACUAGCUGUUGUAGAUAGAGACUAGUCUGGAUGUGUAGGGUGAGGAAAGUGUUGUGUUGUCAUCAGAAGAGAACCGUGUUAGCAAGCCAAGGCUCGUGCUUCUGCAAUUGCAUGGAUUUCACGGUCACAUCUUGAUUCCUUGUUUCUCAUUUAACACAGUUAAAAUUCAGUCCGCCUCUCUCACACCUUAACAGAUUCUUUUUGCCAGUUGCUGCGACGUAAACAAACAAUAACAUCCACAAUAAGCAGAGAUGACGGAGGACGUUUGGAAAUCUGGUCAGGUGUGAGAGAAGUGGGCGCAAGGAAACAAGCUGAGACUCAAAGUCCGAGUCUGUAUCAUUGAUGAGUGUUGAAAUCAUGUCGGUGUUGUAUGUUUUUCUGUGUCAGAUCCCCCUGGUGUCCAAGUGUUCAACGUGUGAGAUUCUGCCGUAGCCAGUGUGUUUCAGACCCAGCUCGAUAAGAGCUUGGCAUGCUUGUUUGUGGUGUUUAACGAACUAGUUAGAAAAAGAUUUCGGCUAUCAACACACAAUAUUUUUUUUAAUGCAAUGCAACUGCCAAAAUAUACAUUUUUGGAAAUACUGCAUACUGCUAUUACUUGUUAAUUUCCCAGUUUACAGUUAAGGGAAUACUUGAUGAGCUUUUGGAUUGGAUCAACAUGUGAAUGUAACCUUAACAGACAACCGUAUCAUGUUACAGCUUGGUGACCACUAUAAACAUGCGUUUAUGUUGCUUCAUGUUCUAAUGAAUUAAAUUGGCUUGAUUUAUACUAGAUGCUGAUCAGUGUGACCUGUAAAACUUGCUAUUAAACUGCAAUAUUUUUUAAAUUUGUUUAUUUUAUUCUAUUUUAUUUUUUGUAUAAAAGUAGUUAAUCUGUUGAUCUAAAAUGCAGCGUAUUCAAAUGGUGGCCAACUUAUCAGUUAUGCUCAAGGGGAGAGGUUCAAAUGCUUGUGUAAUGCUGUACCACUGAGUACAGAUUAAAAAGCUGGAGGUAUUUAAACACUUGGCUCAAUGGACAUCUUUGAGAAAUCCAACACUUAAAGAAAACAACAUAUUUGAUAGCCCAUUCAAGUGUAAGGCAUCAGUUGCGACUGGACAAUGAUGGCAAAAAUAAUAACGAUUAUUUUGACUGAUAUUGAAAUCACGAUUUAAUACAAAAGAGGAGUCAUUCAAAACUUGAGUAUGUAUUGAACCACCAACAUUUAACUUGAUAUAACUUAAAAGAACAGCCAGUGGUGGUGCUGGCUGAAGUGCUUGCACUUUUUUGCCCCUUUAUCAGACCACUUUAUGGCUGAACAUUAAGUGAUCGCUAAGGUUAACUUGCUAAUGCUAAUACUCGGUGCGCGUGUACUGCGCUUUGCAGUGCCCAUGGUCCGGGGCGCAUAUUCUAAUACAUAUGAGUCAGAGUUAGAGCCACGUAAAUUGAAAAAAACCCUUAUCUUUAGGGUGUGGCGGCUUUUUAUUAAGCCCCUAUCAUGGCAUAGGGGAAACCCUGAAGAUGGUUUUGUUGCCUUAGGGAGCAGACACAACAGCAUGACAAACUUUGCAAACAAUUUCCUUUUGUUCGACGUCUGUCAAAUUAAAGCCAAAAAACUGAAGUCGUCCUACCUUACUUCUCAACCAAAAGCGGCCCAUCUGCCAAUGAUUUUACUCGCUCCCGCCUCAUAUUAGUGAUCCACCAACAUCACACACUUGCUGCAGCUGCUCAUAACAGGGGUGCAUUCAAGGUGUUUUUCCAGCACAAGAACUUAAGUACACGACGCACCGUGCGGCGCAUUAAUCGUCUUUCUUCGACAAUAGUGUUUUUAUGAUCGUAAAAAGCCAAAAUUGAAAUCAUGAUUAAAAUUUAAUUAAUCGUCCAGCACUAGAAUCAGUUAUAGCUUGUUAACAGCUGCCUAGCUGACAUUUCACUGUCUAACCUUACAUCAGCUUGUAAGUAAGCUAGCUGGUUAUUUAUUGCUUUCUAACAAUUAGGCACAUUUUUGGUGCUAACAUAAUACAAUUACCUAUCAGUUAAGAGUAGUUGUAGCUUUCAGCCAUUAGUUUUAGUUUUAUUGUUGUAUCAUCAGUUUCUGAUCAUUCUGGAAGCAUUAAAGUGAUAACAGUUGUCACUCACAAUUAGUCUUAAAUAAUAAGACUAAUGGAAUAAAAUAUGACUUUGCCACAGCAUUGGACUUACUUUCCUGAGCAAGACAUGAGGGGAAAUGGCCACCAUGAGAAUGCAGUCAACAAAACUUGAAAUUGAAAAAUCAUAUUUUUUGAUUUUCUGUCAGUGUGAGGGUGUUAACUCUCAUACACAGUUACACGCCUGUUGUCAGAAAGAAAGUGUGUUACAAAUGGCCACUGCUGAGAUGACAGUAUAAUCUGCCACAUUUUGUCCAAAGCAGGAUUGUCAGCCCGCAUUUUAUUCCUCUUCCAAAACCAGCUUGUCAGUUACUCACUGUGCCGAUGUGAACCAGCAUGUGUUGCAGUUUUGUGCUUUCAUUUUGUACUGGCUGAUGCUGGAAACAUUUCAGCGCCAUGCAAACUGAAAUCCGGGUUUAUGAUUGUGUGCUGUUCCAAGCUUUUGAGCUGUGAUGUGUUCUUACAUUUACAGUGUAGUUUUGUGUUGUAGGCUUUGUUUCAAUCACUUUUAUGACUUCUCUGAAUAUGUGCUUCCACUUUUUGAACUCCGACUUUUACUGUGAGGAACUGAAUCCUCAGAACAGUCAAAAGCACUGACCUCUUCUAGGAUCGUUCCUCUGUGUUGACAGCCAGCAAACUUUGAUACAUUCACUCUGUUUAUGGCACAUGCAUGGACCACAUCUUCCUCAACAUCCACCGCUACACUACCCAUAAUGCAUGAGUGCUGCUGCAUCCUACUUGGGUCUGGGUGGUCAGGCAGAUACAGGAACACCCCUGGAGAAAUAGAUAAAAGUAUAACCGAGAGGGAAAAAAAACAUUCAAAUUUGGUUUCUGAGCAUAAAAUUCAGGUUUUGAGAUGACAGGAAAUAGUUUUUUCUGUCUCUCUUCUCACUUUGCCAUUUCUCCUGAGACAUCUCUGUGUAUCCACAAAUCUUAAGUUCUCCCCUUACCCCCUUCUUUUCACUUUUUCCUGCUCUGUGCAUAUCUCUUGUCCUCAUCUGUUUUUCCAGCUCCUUCUUCAUGCUCCCUGUCCGUCACUCUGCCUGUUAUGCAAUGCUACUAACCAGUGAUGGCUCAGAGACACUGUGACCCAAUCCCUCUCAUUAAGAAGGACUCUGACUGGUUCUCACAUUUUCUGUGUUGUGGAUAACUUUUGGCUAAGAGUAACUUUUAAUGGUUCCAUGGUUGACAGUUUUGGAUAAUUAAAAUGGGGCACUCUAAGAGAUCGAUAACUUUACAAGGAAAGCCAAAAUGAGGGUUUGACAGUGUGCAAUAUUUAGUCCCAACCAGAGCUGCCAAAUUAACCAAUUAGUCGUCAACCAAGUUGAGAAAGUCUUAAGGACAGAAUUCUUGUCAUUUGUCCCACCUGACCUGAUUUGGCUUUUUUUCUGUUUUAUUUUUAUCAUUACAGUCACUACAACUACAGUGUAGUGUAUCUUCUUACUCAAGUGUAAUGAUUUCCUCACAAGACAAAUUCUUUAAGUAUUAUUUUUUCUUUAUUAAAAUUAAAGGAAAGAACUUAUUCAUUGUAAAGCCAUUAUAAUAAACAUGCAUUCAUAAACACUUGGUCAUGACAAAAGUGGCAGAAGCAAAGCUUAUAUGCCAAAAGAAAAUAAAAAAAAUUACACUUACAACCCCCCCCCCCCCAAAAAAAAAAAAAAAAAAAAAAAAAAUUAAAUAAAUAAAUAAAUGAAAAAAAAAAAAAAAAAAAGAUUUAUACAAUAAGAGGUUAAGAUUUUUUUUAAAUUAUUGUGGCCACUCAAUGUGAUUACACACACAUUUUUUUUUUGUUUUUUGCAUAAGUCACUGGCAAUAAUUUGCUAGAAAUAAACUGAACAGACCAGUGAUGUCUCAUAUCAAUUCAGACCCCUGAUCUGAAUUGAAUCAAACUGCAAUCUUGGCACAACAGUGAUAGAAGACCAGUAUGUAUUCAGAAGAAAUCAGUGUAAUAUACUUCAGGUCAUAUCUCAUGUGAAAUAACGCCAGCCUGAAACCUCUUUGUCCAGUCUGUAAAAGAAGCAUCGCUUCUGUGUUUGUGCCUCAAAUGUACAAUUUGGUAUCUUCAUUUGAGUUUUUAAAACAAUACUUCUAUUUUCAAUAACUUUGCUGUUUUUCACCAUAAAUCCAUGGAUCAUAAAGGCCCAAAAGUGUCAAGAAAUUGCAUGACCCUGAAAUAAUGUCGUCUUGUUGUCAAACCAACUGUCCAGAACCCAAAGCUGUUUUUGUAAAAAUCAUGCAACUCAAAGGAAAAACAGCAUCUCAUAAGCUUGGACUAGAAUGUGUGCACCUACAUCUGAUUAAAAAUGACUGAAAUGAUCAGUCAGUUAUUAGAAUAGUGUCACGUAUUUCAUAUUUUGGACAACUAAUUGUUGCAGCUCUGAAGGAUUUCCUUUUCUCUCAUGUCCACCGCCCAGCAGAUGAGAACCACAGAUCAGUUCAGGCUCUUUGCUCAGUCUUUGUGCAGCAGGUAAACCUGGUUUAUCCAAACAUGAAAACCACAGACUUCAAAACUUAAUUCAGCAAAGUUAGAAAUGUUCUUAUCCCAAAAUCAGACUGCACUUGCAUUAAGUUUGUUUCUGUUUGUUUUCAUGUCUUGAAAAGGCCUCAUGAAAUGUCACGAGUUAGUAUUUCAUUCACCUGAACCCCUUCUCAUGUCCCAGACUCGGAUAAACCAGUUUACACUGUGAGUGCAAAACUUUCCCCAAUGAUAAUGACCAAACAUCUAACAUGUCAGACCAUGAUGAAAGAAAAAAGUCAGAUUUAGAGGAGUAAAAUAAGCCAGGAGAGAUUAAAAAAGAGUUCUUAUAGUGUUUAAGAAGCAGUAGUGUACUUAAACAUGUGUGUAUACUUUGUCUUUCCUCACCUCUUCUUCUCCUCUCCUAUUUCAGGCAUGUGGCGACCCCAAGGCUAAGCCCUCCUAUCUUGUUGAUAAGAACUUGGAAUCGGCUGUUAAAUUUAUCGUCAGGAAGUUCCCUGCUGUGGAGACGCGGAAUAACAACGUAAGAAUAUUCACAUGCAUGUGUGUGCUGCAAAUAAAAAGUUUUUUUUUUUCCCCCAAUGAUAUUAUUCUAAACUUUGUAUAAAAAGGCAUAUUCUCACACCGCAGUUUCCUCAAUAUUUUCUAUUUUAGACUUCAGUUUUUCUUUUUCAUGUCACACUUCGAAAUCUUGUAGCUGAGCAGUUCUGGAUAACCUACAGUAAAAGAAAUAUUGCCGGAAUAAAAACAACAACUGAGAGUUAUCAUCUUCACGGACCUGUCAUAUUUCAUGAGACUGAUAUUGUAUCCAGAGAUCCCAUGCUGCUGCUUCCCCACUACAUUACAUUACUGAAAUUUUCACAUUAUAAGGCACACCUGAUUAUAAGGCGCACCAUCAAUGAACACGUCUAUUCGCGUCUAUUUUCAUACAUAAAGCACACCAGAUUAUAAAGCACACUGGAUUAUAAAGCGCAUUAAGCCAAACAAAAUAGGUAAGUCAAAAUUCAUUUAACUCAUUCAAUAGCUCCUUGAGGCUACGGUAGCUGCAGUGCUCCGACAAGCCAAAAGGAUUUGAAGUUCGCCUUAUAGUGCAAAAAAUACAGUAUUUUAAACAGCUUGUUUUUGUUAGUGUAGUUUAUCUGACUAUUAAGUCCAAUUUUUAGUCUCUGAUGUCACGCAUCUUUACUAGGGGUGGGUGAAAAAAACGAUACAGCAUAGUAUUGCGAUAUUUUGUUUGGUGAUGUAUCAUAUCGUCUCAUUAACCAAGUGUUGAUUUUUCAAAUGUAUUGCGAAUAUGAAGUCAAAUCGAUGAUCAUGGAAAAAUAAAAUCAACUGUUUGUCCAGUGAGGUUUACAGAGGUGGCAUCAUAGAGCAGGAGAAAUUUAGUGCAACAAACGGCACCUGGGGAGGAACAGUAGGAAUGCAAGCAGGGCACAAAUGAGAUGGACAUAACACAAGGUUUGCAAGAUGUGCGGCAUGAAAAUAAAAUACAGCGUAAAUAAGAAACAUAAAAGAAAGACAAAUGCUAAAUUAGCUUAACAGUAGAAACAACUAUAUAAAUCACAAGAUAUUAUAUGGCAAUACUCACUGAAUUGCAAAAUGUUAAAAAUUGCAAUAAUAUCGUAUCGUGGCCCAAGUAUCGUGAAAAUAUUGUGUCAUGGGGCCACUAGUGAUUUCCACCCUUAAUCUUUACUGUUCUUAUUUAUUUUAUUUUAUGAUUUGCUUGGAAUCAGUUUAUCACAUUUUACGUAUAUGACAAUUAUACAAUCAAAUCAGUGCUUACAGUUAUCAUAGCAGCACAAUUAGACACAUCCAAACUCGGUGUAGCUUUUGAACCAUAAGUACUAAUGCAUUGCCAUCAAGAUGCCCCUGUCAGAGAUGUCGCCCUUUUACAGAUGUCCCUAACUUUAGGGCUUUGAAACUGAUGGUGGUUACAAAGUGGAUAGAAUUGAUUUAUUUUUGUGUGUUUGUGUGAGAGUGUGUUUAUGGAGUGAGUGAACUAACUCAUUAUGAGUCAUUGGUCAUCAAUUGUGUCCUUCCAGCUUUACUUGUUAGCUUAGCUUGUAGCUUUUCGCCUAUGUGUUUGUGUGAUCAUUUAGCAAACUGUGUGUGUGCGUGUGUGUGUGUAUGUGUGUGUGUGGGUGUGAAUGUUUGUGUGUUUGUCUAGCUAACUGCUUUAUUCAGUAUAUAUGUGCAGAAAUUGUCUCUUACGUUGUUUUCUGCUUUGUUUCUGUGUUUGUUUGUGUUCUGCAUGCUAAACUUGGCUUAUUCCGGACUUGUGCUUUUUGGUAAGUUUUGUAUCUAAGUUUCUGCAAUUUUUUUGUAUUUUAGUUUUGUAAUAAUGUAAACUUAUUUUUCGUACCUGUUUUGAAAGCUGUGUUUGGAGUGUUCUUUUGCUUUGCUUCGCUUAUCUCUUCUCUGCUGCGAGCUGUUUUUUUUUUUCUAACUUUCAUCCACUGAAUGACUGUGUGACUUCUGGUUUACUAUCGGGUUUACCAACUGGCUGAUUACAAGUUGGUUAAAUGGCUUGAUGACAGAGCAGCUGGCUGUCUGCACCAAGGAGUAGAUACUUAAAUUUUUCUGAGCUUACUGUCUGUUACAAUUAUUAUUUCAGCUCAGAUGGGACUAUUCUCUGAAUGGCUAUGGAUAUGGGGCCCUGAAAGCCUCUGUCAGGUGGCAGUCAAAAGGACAAUGGAGUAGGGGUCCUGACCUUUCAAGUAAAGAGUCACAACACCUCCAAAUUCUCUUUAGCUUGACUCUAUUUGGUUAUAUAUGUUUGAACUCCUUGGUGCAGCAGGGUCACAAUCCUUGCACUCAUUUCUUUUCCCCUUUUCUUAUACAACUGGAGUGGUGCCAUCAAUGACAUGAAACACACACACACACAGCUUUUAAUUUACACUCUGUAUGCUUCACUUAAGUCUGUCAUGUAAAUCGAAGCUGCUCUCUACUCUCUAAAGCUUAUUAAAAGAUUGAAGUGACAAUCUUUUUCAAGCUGAGCUUCUUUUCAAGUUUUGGUUUGCAAACAUUGCAUCCACAGUUUAUCUUUACCAGACAUCUCCAGGUACAGAAAAUCACGUUUUCUCUUUCAGUGUUUUUAACAGAUUAACUUUUCCUCUCCUUUCUGUCUUCAAACUUCUUGAAAUUUCUAUCCAGGUGCUACUGGGUGUUUUGGAAGAGAAUUUUUACUUUGGUCAAAUAUAUAUUUUAUCUUUUAUCUGUUCAACUUCGAAAGCUAGAAUGUUGAACACUAAAAGUUAGAUGUUUUUUUUUUUUUUAACAGAAAAAAAACUCGUUUUUUUUUUUGUUUUGAUACAGAAACCAGACAGAAGAAAUUUAGUGUUACAUAAACAUAAGUCGUACUGUAAUAUAAGAGAGAUAACCAAUUCUAAAGGGAAAAAUGUCUCAACUAUUCAAAGACUUUAAUCUUAUUUACCAUAAUGCAGUUUCUCUGCAGAUGUGUAGCUCUUCUGAUACACAGUGCAUCUUUUACACCAAUUUUUUAUGGUACCAAAAUAAACUUUAAGAUCGUUUUUAGAUACAUAUUUAAAAAUUUCAAGUAAAUAAUUUAUUUCACCAAAGUAAAAUAACUUCAUAUACUUUUUCAGUUUGAAGUGGGUUUUUUUUCUCCUCUGUCUUUUUGUCUUUUUGCUCUGGUGGAGGAAUAACUUGAGUUUUACUCGCUCCACUUUCUCUAAAGUAUUCAGCAUUUCAUGUACAAGUUUAAAGUCAAAAUAAAUAAAAAAAUGGGUUCUUUGCAGGUCUGUUAAAUUAUAGAUAACAUCAUUCUUAGAAAUGUGCUGAACCUGGAAACACCCACUACCAAAGCCUAUUUAGAAGUUAUUUGUUUAUUCUUUUAUUAAUCUGAGACAAAGUUUAGCAGUCAUAUCAUCUGUCAGAAAAGUUUAGAUUAUUUAAAUCUAUACACCUCUCAUUUAUAGAUUUAUUGUUUGUGAGUAAAUGAACAUUUGUAUUACACAAGGAUCUAAGCAACACUAAAGAACCAGGACAGUCAGUGUAGGAUUUGUCAGUUUAGUGUAUAUAUAGGUACACGAAGGGCCAAAGGUCAGGUUUAACUGUCUUAGACAAAUUCUCUGUAAGACCAAAUAUGACGUUAACUGCUGAUUGUAUCAUAACUUCAUUUUAAUUGUGUGCAUUUUGCCGUGUUUGCAGCAACAGCUGGCUCAGCUGCAGAAAGAAAAGUCUGAGAUUCUGAAGAACCUGGCUCUCUACUACUUCACUUUUGUGGAUGUCAUGGAAUUUAAGGUGAAAACACACACACACACACACUCUUCCUUACAAAUUUUGCACGGGUGAUUUUGUUUAGGUACUUAACUCCUAACACUUCUUUCUACAGGACCAUGUGUGUGAGCUGCUGAACACCAUUGACGCCUGCCAAGUCUUCUUUGACAUUGUGAGUGCGAUCCGUGAAUUGUGAGGCUGUUAAACUGCGGCACUAGUUGUUUUAUAAGUAGUGUUUUGGUCAAUAUUAAUUCAGUGUUGGAUAUGUUAACUCUUUUCGUGUUAGACGGUGAACUUUGACCUGACCAAGAACUACCUAGACCUGGUGGUGACUUACACUACUCUGAUGACAAUACUGUCUCGCAUCGAGGAGAGGAAGGCCAUCAUUGGGCUGUACAACUAUGCUCACGAGAUGACACAUGGAGCAAGGUAAUCAUGAAGUUUGAUCAACAGUUCGACCAAUCACCAUUUAGUUUGGAGAGUCUCAGCAGAGAGUGUUAUCAGUGUAAACAUGAAUGUGAGCUUGUUUUGUGCUGAUUAAAAAUGAGUGUCAACACAGAUGAGAAGGAACUAGGGGUGGGAGAAAAAAUCGAGUUUGAUCAGUCGAUCUUCCUGUCGGCUUGACAGGAAGUCUACAGUAUAUCUACAGUAUAUAUUACACUGUAGAUAUCUACACAAUAUAUAUAUUUUUUAUAACUUCGUUAAAAAAAAAAAAGUAAAAAUCUGCCAAUUAUCCCCCCCCCCCCCCCCCCCCAAUAAUCGGUAUCAGCAUCAGCCCCAAAAAAAACAUAUCCAUCGGGCCCUAGACCUGACACAAAGUUUGCAAGAAGUGCUACAUGAAAACAAAAUAUUGCAUCAAUAAGACAAACAUAAAGGAAAGAAAAAUGCUAUAUCAGCUAAGCAGUUGAAAAGUUUGUAUAGAUAGCAGUAUAUGGUAUUGCAGUACUCACUUUAUUGCAAAAUAUUAAUAAUCGCUCUAAUAUUGAAUCGUGGCCAAAGUAGCGUGAUUAUAUCGUAUCGUGGGGCCACUAGUGAUUCCCACCCCUAGAAGGAACCCACACAUUUCUGGUAGUAACACAUCCUCAUUGAUAAGGUCAAAAACAAUAACUAGUAUUCUGCCAUAGACAUCUUCAUAUGUUACUCAAGAACCAAGACAUUUUUAGUUUUACCCCAUUGUUUUUAAGAACUUGUGUGCCCUGUCUGACAGUGACCGGGAGUAUCCUAGGCUGGGCCAGAUGAUUGUGGAUUAUGAGAACCCUUUGAAGAAGAUGAUGGAGGAGUUUGUUCCACAUGGAAAGGUGGGGUAACUGCAUAAAUAUCUAGUGAUAAACGCUUUAUCACGAGAUAAAGUGGUAAAGCUCAUUUGUCCUAUGCCCUUUCUUUUGUAAGUACUGGUUGUGCCAACAAAAUGGACUUUGAGGGUCUACAGUGUGAUCUUUGAUUCAGUCUUGUUUUUGCGGAGGCACUGUUGCCAUAGCAUCUCAAGUGCCAUUUUUAGAUCAGUCAGAGUGAAAGUAUGUCUUACUCUAUGAAUGGGAGUCAAAACUCAAAUAAAGAAAUGUAGGAAUAUUUUUGAAAAAGCUCACAAUUUAUAGAGUUUUACUGAAGUUGCUUAGAUAACUGAUGAUCAGCUUCAUAAAACUACAGAACUAGUGAGCUAACUGUGCACCGAUAGGUCGAAUACGCUUCUACAUCAUUUGCAGAAAUAUUUUAUUCAGUUUGUUCCUCUCCUCUGCCAUUUUUUUAAUCUCCCACGUUCCCCUCUCUCUCUUCCCCCCAUGCUGCCUUUCUUCAUCCCUCUCUCUCUCUUUUUUCUGUCCUCUAGUCCUUGUCAGAUGCUUUGAUCAGUCUUCAGAUGGUUUAUCCCAGGAGGAAUCUGUCCGCUGACCAGUGGAGGAACGCCCAGCUGCUCUCUCUCAUCUCUGCUCCUUCCACCAUGCUCAACCCCGCACAGUCAGACACUGUCAGUAUGAUGAUGACCGCACCGAAACAGCUUGAUGUGUAGCUUGUACCUAUACUUUUGAUCAUGGUGCCUGGUCCAGGCAGAUAGUUUGGAAGAGUAUUGACAAAGUUUGAGUCUUACAUCACUCUUUUAUGUCUCUGUCUUUAGAUGCCUUGUGAAUAUCUUUCACUGGACACAAUGGAGAAGUGGAUUGUUUGUAAGUUCUUCACAAAACAAACCCUAUUCCCAUGUAUUUAUUUCAUCACAGGUUGUUCAUCGCUCUUUGUUGAUGGUUACACAUUGUCAUAUCGUCCUCUCUUCUCUUUUGUCCAGUUGGCUUCAUCCUGUGUCACGCGGUGCUGAACAGCGACGCAGCAGCGUUGUCUCUGUGGAAGUUAGCCCUGCAGAGCUCUACCUGCCUCUGUCUGUUCAGGGAUGAAGUCUUCCACAUCCACAAGGCUGCAGAGGAUCUCUUUGUAAACAUCAGAGGGUAAGAGUGCCUGAGAGUUUGCACUGUGUUUGUCUGUCCAAACCAUGAAUUGACAAGUUGACUGGCCGCACCACUUUGACCACUGGCCCAGGAAUAACAUUUUUGGUUCAAUUUUUAUGUUCUACUCUAACUCUUAAUCCGUGUUAUGCUAAUAUGAUGUAAUAUGAGUUUAGAGACUCUAACAUGAAAGCAGGUAUCGAUGUUACUCUUCUCAUCGGGUAGCUGGUGACUAAUAAAAAUUUUGCAAAUUAAACGAUGAUCUUCUAGUGACUUUUACGACAGCCACUAGCAACUUUUCUUACUGAGGAUUUGGCAACACUGGAUAUAGCAUCAGCGGGCUUCCGUAGAAGUGGGAAAAAAAACAUGAAGACAGCAAGACCAAGUGUGGUAUGGGACCUUUUCGGGCGGGAAAAUUAUGAGGCUUGCUGCAGACACUGCAAUUUCGUGUACAAGUACAACCUGACUACGACCCCAGUGAUGUACCACUUGCACCACAUAUGUCCAACUGAGGUUAAUGAAUCCUCCAAGUGCUCUCAGUCUCAACCUACCAUUAUUUGUUUUGAGCAGUCUUGCCCGGAUUUUGACCAGAAACAGUGGUUUUAAAAACAUAUCAGUAAAAUGUACAAGAACAAGCUUUUAUCACAAUCCGUCUACCGUUAAGUGUCAAAUCUGAUGUUUUAAGUGCGCCGGUGGGAGAGACAGCAGCUGUCUGCAACACUGCCUGUCACAUUCACUUCGUGCGCUUGUGAACGCUUGCAGAGAGACAGACAUGAAACCUUCGCUGGAGCAGUGAAUAACACCAUGAUCUCGCAGCGACCACUGAAAAAACUACAGUAUGCUUGUAUAUGAAACUAUGUGUUUGUGUGUUUAUUUUUUGAAAGGCAUUAUUUAACAGGCCCGAGUGGUCUAGGUGGAGUGCGCAGUUAGCUGGCCUGGAGCCUGUUAGAUGUACAGCCGGGCCACCAAGCCAGUCAUAAUGUUGAGCCCAGAUCCAAACAUUAUGAUUAAUAUCAGUUAAUACUAAUGCUUAAAGCGGUUAAGGCACUCGGUUCUUGAGAUGCAACUGCUAUUUCUCACCAAAAAUCGUUUUGUUUUUUUUUUAUGGUUUUUUUGUUUGUUUGUUUGUUUGUUUUUUCAGUCUUUUGUGGCGGUACCUGAACACCUUAAUCCUCAGUCGAGUACCUCUUAAGUUUUUGGCUCCUCAUUGACCAAAAAAAACAAAGAUGCUUGAGGCUCAUGACAUUUUCAUCAUACAUUUUAAACAUCCAUAUGAAUCUAAAAUAAACUACAUUCACAAGAAGCCGGUACCAUAUCAUAUUUAAAACAUCUCUGCACAUUUUCCCUCUUAUGACACAUGUUCUUUUUCUCAUGUGUUUCCAGGUACAACAAGCGAAUCAAUGACAUCAGAGAGUGCAAGGAGCAGGCCUUAUCUCAUGCGUACGUAAAUAAUCUUGUUACUGAUUCUGUCAUUCUCUGCCAAACCUCAAUCUUCAUCCAAUUUGUUCCCAACACACAGAAGAAAUUGGGUUCUUCAGAUUUAUUUCUCUGCCCUCAUUUUCUGUUUCAUUCAUUUGUAUUCCUGCUCACAGGCUUUGGUCUUUCCCUCAGGGAGUCUCAAACGGAAUCAUCACCUUCUUCUUCCCUUUAUCCCCUAUUCAGUUUCUCCCCUGUUUUAUCCUCCCCCUCUGUCUCAUCUCGGCUCUUAUCCUCUUACUGAUUCUGUCUCCCCCUUUCAUCUCUACUCUCAUUCUUCUGCCGUCACUGCCAUCUACUUACUUUUGUGCUUCUGCAGGAUUGUCCUCAAAGUGUCAAAAUACCAUUUAAGCAUGAUGCUUGGGUGUCUUGAUACUCCUCCCUAACUUCCUCUUCGUCUGCCUUCUUCUUUCUGCAGGGGCUCCAUGCACAGAGAGAGACGCAAGUUUCUCAGAUCAGCUCUGAAGGAGUUAGCCACUGUUUUAGCCGACCAGCCUGGACUACUGGGUCCAAAGGUAAAGAAGGGGAGACCACCUCAAACAUCCAAACCAUGCCCAAAAUCAUGCUUUGUUCACAAAACCAGAAUCAGGCUUGGUUAAAAUUACAGUGGUGUAGUGGUUAGCACGGUCACCUCACAGCAAGAAGUUCCUGGGUUUGAAUCCAGGUCAGGGCAUUUCUGUGUGGAGUUUGCAUGUCCUCCCUGUGUCUGCGUGGGUUUAUUCCAGGUACUCCGGUUCCCUCCCACAUCCCAAAAACAUGCAGAAGUUGGGUUAGGUUAAUUGGUCACUUCCAAAUUGCCCCUGUGGAUGGUUGUUCAUCUCUAUGUAUCAGCCCUGCAAUGAAUUGGCAACUUAGCCAGUGUGUCCCAAAGAUGCUGGGAUAGGCUCCAGCCCCCUGCAACCCCCUAACGGGAAAAACAGUAGAAGAUGGAAAUGAAAAAAAAAAAAAAACUCUCAUGAUCUCAGUAGUUAUUGUAAGUGUAUUCUAAGACAGUCAUGGAAAGUGUUGGUAUUUUUGCUGAUCAUUUCUGUGCUUUUUAUCUCUGGAAUGUGCUCAACCAAAGCAUAUGUAGAAAUCCAAAUCAAGUUCUUGGCAUUGAGAGUGGAAUCCACUUACUCUUAUUUUUGCAAUUUUCAAAUUUUGCCAAGUGUUGUUAAAGACACUGCAGGACCAAAUUAGUAUUGUAAUGUUGAUCGAGAAAGCACCUGAAUUGGCAGGAGUUUCAAGUGUCUGAAACCUAACCCUUGAAGCCCAUAUAGAUAAUUCCACCCAUUGUCUUCAUUUGACCUUCAAAGAGCUUCCAUAAGAUUCAUUUCUCAAGAAUCAAUCCAGCCGAGAGGGUAUCAUCAUAGACAUUUUAUGAAAAAGAAUGCAAAGCAUGAUCAAAGACAAACUUUGCACCUCAAUGCUGUUCUUGUAAGACUUAGUCCUGGUCUGAACAAGUACAAUACUGAAAGAUCUUUAAAUCUUAGAGCAGUGGUUCUCAAGUCCAGUCCUCGAGGCCCACUGUCCUGCAUGUUUUUGGAUGUUUCCCUGCUCCAACACACCUGAUUCAAAUGAUCAGCUCGUUAUCAAGCUCUGUAAUGGCUCAAUAACAAGCUGAUCAUUUGAAUCAGGUGUGUUGGAGCAGGGAAACAUCCAAAACAUGCAGGACAGUGGGCCUCGAGGACUGGACUUGAGAACCACUGCCUUAGAUGACCCUCCAAACAGUGCUGCAGAGGUCUGUCAGUUUAUCAGGACAAAUGAAAGCUAUGUACUUUCCCCUGUUCAUAUGCAGAGCCUCAUGAAUAUGUAAAUGUGCAUAUGAAAAUGUUUGUCAUGUCUGACUGACUCUGUCAACAUUUGUGGUUCAGGGAAUUUAAGGUCACUGUCGACCCCUCUCAGUGAUUUGUGCUUGAGUGGUUUAUUUUGGGGAAUUUAUUCACAUUUAUUGUUUUUAAAUUUUUGUGUUUCCUUCUGUUCCUCUCGUUCUUUUUUUCACCUUCUUUUCUCUCCUCUUCUUCUUUUCGCCUCCCUCUACAUUUCUUUUCCUUCGGUCCCACUAGGCAUUAUUUGUAUUCAUGGCGUUGUCGUUUGCCCGUGAUGAGAUCAUCUGGCUGCUUCGACAUGCCGACAACAUCCAGAAGAAAAGCACAGAUGACUUCAUAGACAAGUAGGCAAACACACACACUCACACGCCUAAAUGAAACUACAAAUAAACAGGUGUGUGUUCUACAGUAACAGAAACCUGACAUAUGUUUGUGUGUACUUUGCAGACACAUAGCAGAGCUGAUCUUCUACAUGGAGGAGCUCAGAGCUCAUGUCAGGAAAUACGGCCCUGUGAUGCAGCGAUACUACGUCCAGUACCUGUCUGGAUUUGAUGCAGUGGUGCUUAAUGAACUGGUGCAGGUACGAACACAUGCACUUCAUCGACCUACAUAAAAGGCCCUGAACUGUAACUAAUUCAUACUUACAGUGUAAACCAUAGACUGUAUAUAGAAUGGAUGCUGUGAAGGAAGCCACCAUGAGAACAGCACCCUCUGCUGAUGGGCUGCAGUAUAGGUCAUAAAUCCCGCCUCCGCCAGCAAUCCCUAUGGAGCUGUGGACAAACUUUAGAAAUUAAUUACACAGAAUAUAAAUUUUUCUCCUCCCUGGUUGCGAUGUUGACAUGUAGUUACUGUAAGACUGGUUUAUGCGCAAGUCCUCUUUUUUUCUGUGCAGCUCCAUUUUUGAAAGUUUUUUAGGGGGUUCAUGUUUUCUAUGAUUGACACUUGAUACAGCCGCUGGGCAUUCGAAGAUUGCGUAGCUCACCCAGGGGAUACGCUGUUUCAGCCAAGCGUCAUCACAGCGACUCUCCCACAGAAUGUGUACAAAGCUACUGUGCAAGUGGUGGUUCCAGGAAGUAGAGAAAGUUCCAGAAAUACCCAGAGCAAUUUGGCUUCAAAUUGGUAUAAUGAUGGAAGGCGGAGCUGAGUUGUCCAUAGUAUAUACAGUCUAUGGUAUAAACGUUGAUACAGAUUGUAACAGAGUUUCAAAGAUCAGCCUUGAGAGAAGAAACGUUCCCAAACUUCACUUCCUGACCCGUUUUCUGAAAUGACUGAUCUGACAGAACCUGUCGGUGUGUCCAGAGGAUGAGUCCAUCAUCAUGUCUUCAUUUGUCAACACCAUGACCUCGCUCAGCGUCAAACAAGGUAAACAUUGAGCUGUUUUACAAUGUCAGACUCAAGGGAAGGGGUAGCAGAAUCGCAGUCAGUUCCUCACAGAAGCUUUUGCAGUAAUUAAACUUUUACUAAUUUGUGUAGUUUUUGUGAUUCUUUUAACUAGGCAUGUUUAUGACUUCCCAGAGACAGUAUGCUUUCGUGUUAAUGUCUGAAUGUUUUGUGCUUCUGUGUUACAGUGGAGGAUGGAGAGGUGUUUGAUUUCAGAGGCAUGAGACUGGACUGGUUCAGACUGCAGGUGUGUGCUGACAUACAGAGCUUAAAUCAGAAAAAAACAAAAGUGCUUUCCACAAGAAAUGUUGAUUUAGUGAAACAGAUCAUAAAAGGAAGAAUCUCAUUAUUCUGUUUUUUUGUUUCUUCUCCAGGCGUACACCAGUGUCUCUAAAGCCAGUCUCGGUAUAGCUGAUCAUAAAGAACUUGGCAAAAUGAUGAACACCAUCAUCUUUCACACCAAGAUGGUGGACUCUCUGGUGGAGAUGCUGGUGGAAACUUCAGACCUGUCCAUAUUCUGGUGGGACAUAUUCACACUAGCCUGUACUUGCAAACACAAACUGAUUUCACCAUUGCCAGUUUGGGUGGUGAUCUCUUAAUUUUGGUGUUGUGUGUGUAGCUUUUACAGCCGUGCAUUUGAGAAGAUGUUCCAGCAAUGUUUGGAGCUUCCCUCUCAGAGCCGACACUCCAUCUGCUUCCCUCUGCUCUGCACACACUUCAUGUCUUGCACACACGAGCUCUGUCCUGAAGAGGUAAAAGAAAACCUGCAUCUCUAUAAAAGCAAGAGCACAAAAACACUUGUGUAUUACUCUAAAAACGUUCUGUGUUGAUAACUAAAGCAACUUUUUUGUGUGUGGGUUAUCUGUUGACUUUUUCAACUGCACAGCGUCACCACAUAGGAGAUCGAAGCCUGUCGCUGUGUAACAUGUUUCUGGAUGAGAUGGCCAAACAGGCCAGAAACCUGAUCACUGACAUCUGCACUGAACAAUGUACACUCAGCGACCAGGUAGGAACAAAUACACACACACACAUUCACAAACACUUGAAGAGGUAGAAAAUCAGGUUUAAUGGUAAUGUUGUGCAUAUAAUGAGUCGCUACAUGGAAAGAGGAGAUACCCUGGGCCAGUGACAAAUCAAAUUCACUGGCCCCACCACUUUGAUCACUGCCCGAGGAAAAAUAUUUUUUAUUCAAUUUUUAUGUUAUACUGUAACUCCUCAACUGUGUUGUGCUAAAUUAUGUAAACAGGCCUAUAUACUGGCAAUACUGAGUUAUAUCCUUAUGCUAAUAAAAACAGAUCUCCUGAUUUGUUUACACAUCAGAAGAGAGUACUAAUUCAUUCCUACAGACAAACUACCUUAUAUUUUCUAUACUUAACUUGCUUGUCUGCAUAUGACGGCACUGACUGGAAGAUUUUGCAAAAUUAGAAAUGGGCAUGCUUUAAUCGAUCAUUAAGUAUUACAUUGAUCACACAAAAUUCCGAUUGAUCUAAUGUUAUUAAUAAGGUCUGACAGCGUGCGUCCAUCCUCCAGCUGCUUUCUUGCAAAGAUCAACCUCUGCUGAUACCCUCUCGUAAAAGCAAUGCAGUGACUAUUUCCUUGUGGAAGGAUUUUGACAUUUUACAAGGGGAGUGAUAAAGCGUCAGCGGGCUUCAGUAGAAGUUAGUUCAUUUCUCUCAGUCUGCUGGUUUGACUCCUACCGAUAGAAGGACAUCAGCUGGGCCACGAAUAAUCGAGUCAUUCUGUAAUGCUCUUUAUGUUGGUGUUAAUCAGGCUUCCCUCACACGCUUACAGUUAGUCCAGAACACUGCUGCUCAUCUUUUAACAGGUAAACAAACACCUGAUCACAUCACUCCAAUUCUGGCGUCCCUCCAUUGGCUUCCCAUUUAUUUGAGAAUUUGUUUUAAAAUUUUGUCAGUUUUUAAAUCUUUAAACAGAUCAGCGCCACAGUACAUCUCUGACCUCUUAAAUGUUUACCCCCCCCUCCACAUUCCUUGAGGUCUGCUGAUCAACUCCAACUCAUUGUCCCUAAAACUCGUUUAAAAACCCAUGGUGACGGAACUUUCUCAGCUGUGGCUCCCAAAUUGUGGAACAAAUUGCGCUCAAGAUUAAAACAUCCCCCACUCUCUCUACUUUUAAAUCACACCUUUAAAACUCCUUUUUAUUCCUUGGCUUUUAGUUCAGCAUGAGAGUUGUGUGAUCUCUGUCCUUUUAUGUCAUUUAUGGUGUCCUUUUAUCACUUCUAUUUCUUUUAUGUUUUUUUGUUUUCAUUUCAUUUAUUUUAAUUCAUUUAAAAUGUUUUACCUGCUUUUAUUUAUUUCCUCUUGAUUUUUUUUUUUUUUAUUUCUGCAUCGUUUGUUUGUAUAAUUUUACUGUGCAGCACUUUGGUAAACUUGAAUGUUUUUUAAAAUGUGCCAUAUACAUAAAGCGGAUUGGAUUGAAUUCCCCUGUUUUUACUCUUUCUUCCAGCUGUCUCUUGUUACUGUCCUCUCUCCAUCAUCUGUUUUUUGUUCAUUUUAUCUGUAGCUGCUUCCAAAGCAUUGUGCGAAAACCAUCAGCCAGGCCGUGAACAAGAAGAGCAAGAAGGCAACAGGAAAGAAGGGAGAGCCGGAGAGAGAGAAGCCAGGAGUGGAGAGCAUGAGGAAGAACAGACUACUGGUCACCAAGUGAGUCCUCUCUCUGCUCUUUGGCUCUCAUUAUGCUUCAUGAGUAAUUACUGCUCUCAUUCUUAACUAUAGAUAGACCUUGUCUUAAGUAGAGUUUGACUAGACUCCCAUUUACUCCUUUAAUCAUCUACCUUUUCAAGGAUCAGUCAUGAUUACAGUUACAUUUCACUCAUUCCUCAUAUUAACAGGUGACUUUGCCAGUUAUUAUAAUUUUAUCCUUUUUAAAUGAUACUGUGCAAACAUUAGAGUGAAAUGAUCACUAUUAACCAUCUGUGGUGGUGGGGGUUUAAUGCAUAUAUUAGAAUUUCACUCAAUGCCAUCUACAUGUUUCUUUACCAAGACAUUAAGGAUCAUUAUUAUGCCAGUCUUUUUUUUAUAUUUAUGUAAUCUGCUGCUACAAAGAGCACAUUUGUCCAAACUCACCAUUCAAAGUGAAGCAGUAUCUCAUGGAGUCCAUUUUCACCUUUCAUCCUUUUCCUUGUAUUUCUCCUCCCCAGUCUGGAUAAACUCCACACAGCUUUAUCUGAGCUCUGCUUCUCCAUCAACUAUGUCCCCAACUUGGCAGUGUGGGAGCACACAUUCACACCGAGAGAGUACCUCACCUCACACCUGGAGAUCCGAUUCACCAAGUAAACAAAUAACACACCGAUUUAACACAAAUACUUCUGCUCUUAACACAAAUACUUUUGUCCAGUCAGGUUGUGGACAUUGUUUAUCAUCAUAAAUCUUCUUUUUGGUGCUGAGUUUCCAGUAAGUAGCCAUAUCUGGCCUGUCGCUGUGACAGACAGAUAUGAAGAAGAAAGAAAGGAGUACAACAGUCAGAGUCAGAGCUUUUUUCUCAAACUUAAAAUACAAACAGGAAAGCAUGUUUGGAUAAAUAAACAUAAAAAUAGAACACAUGCUAAGUUUAAAUGCGCCUUCUCUAGUUAAACUCCCCUGUCUGACUACUCAUGGUAUCCCAGUGUCCUAAUGGUCCCACUGCCUCUGUCCCCAGGUCUAUAGUGGGAAUGACCAUGUACAACCAGGCUACCCAGGAGAUAGCCAAGCCCAGCGAGCUGCUGACCAGCGUCCGGGCCUACAUGACAGUGCUUCAGUCCAUAGAGAACUACGUCACCAUCGACAUUACCCGUGUCUUUAACAACGUCCUCCUACAACAGACACAGCACCUGGACAGCCAUGGGGAGCCAACCAUCACCAGUCUGUACACAAACUGGUGCGUGUCUUAAUGAUCUCUUUUUGUUGAAGAGUUCAAGUAUAUCCUCUAAGACUUCUAUAUGAAGUACUGUCAGAGCUCAGAUUAAUACAUGCCAGAGUGUGGUUGUCUUCAGUCGCACAAAAAAAAGUUUUUUUUUUCCAAAGUUCAUCACUCUUUGUUUUGAGAUCCUGUCUUGAGACAUUAUUUUGUGUGUUUAGGUACCUGGAAACGUUGCUCCGUCAAGUUAGCAACGGACACAUCGCCUACUUUCCCGCCAUGAAGGCCUUCGUCAACCUGCCCACAGAGAAUGAGUUGACUUUCAAUGCAGAGGAAUACUCGGACAUCUCUGGUAUGAAGCACAUGAACUUGCUUAUGACAAGUACUGCCUUUUUUAAAAAAUUCAAGAUUGAUACUGCAGUAAAAAAGGAGUAGGGGGAAUACUCAAUAACUAACUUGUUGAGACUCGAGUGGUUCUUUAUGCUGGUUGACACAUGCCAUUCAAUGUAGAGAGGACAAAGAAACUCUGGCUGUUUGUAUCUGAAAGAAUAAAACAAUACCUCUCCUCUCAAAGUUCACACAAACCGCGUUGUGCCUUUGCUGCAGUGUGUGGCCACUGCUGCUGCAGAGCAGAUCAUGUUAGAGGAGAUGACAGAUGAAAGUGAGGUUCUCAGCCCUUACCCAAAAUGAGUUUCUUGAUUAGCUUUGAAGUCUUUUGGGGACUUUGUAAAAAAAGACCAGGUAUUUGUGGAUGCAGAAUCACAGGCAGGAGGUGAUGGCUGGUUCUAACUGGCUGGUAAAGCAGAUCAAAUGUAACCCUGAAUAACUCUGGAUAAAAUGUUAGUCAGUCAGUUGGAUUCAUAAAUUUAUAAAGUAAUGUUUUGCUGCACUCUUCCCUUUGCUUAAUUUGGGUAGUCGGGUUUUGUUUCCCAGUAAUAUCUCGAAUAACCUGGAGACAUUUAGGAUCAUUAUAAUGCCAGUCAAUUUUUUAUUGUGACAGCCCUAAUUUACAAUUAACAACUGCAGGUUAUUAUUAAAGAGAAAUUCACAGCCACAUAUUAUAACUUUUUCUAUAUUUGCUAAUGUUUGUGUGUUUUCACAGAGAUGCGUUCCCUGUCGGAGCUUUUGGGUCCAUAUGGUAUGAAGUUCCUCAGUGAGAGUCUAAUGUGGCACAUCUCAUCACAGGUCGCUGAACUGAAGGUAUAAACAUAAAGCCACAGAUAUAUACUCAUACUUUCACAUUUUAAUUUUGAUUUGAAUUUCAAAAAUUAAAAUGUGAAAUUAAAAUUUUAAUCUGUCUCGAAGUAACAACUUUCCUGUAAUGGGGGGGAAUACAGUGAUGUUUAGUAUCACUACCUUACUGUCAAAGUAGUCUGAGUACAACUCAGUGUUUGGCAGCGCUAUGAUGUGAAUUGAUAUAGAUAACACACCCGUAAGUUCAAUUGAGGCACAAUAAGUCUGCAAAUGUAGCUCAAGCAGGAACUGUGAAUGUCCUCACAAACUUUGUUUAAAUCUUUGUCACAGAAAAGUAAACAACUAUUACUGCGAUGAAAAGAAGUCCAAUCUGAUUUACAGUGAAGUGUAACCCUUGUGUUUUGUCUUUUUUCUUUGUUUAGAAACUGGUUGUAGAAAACAUGGAGGUGUUGACCCAAAUGAGGACGAGCUUUGACAAACCAGACCACAUGGCUGCCCUCUUCAAGAAACUCACCUGUAAUUCAACACUCACCAAAGCACUUACAUUCAGACAAGAUGUAUACUGCACUGAUUAAAAAAACAGACACUCAGCUGAAUGAUCAAAAAGGAACAUGUAUCCUUGAACAUAAUUUAGAGACACUUUAUCAGACUGGCAGUUGCCGCUUAACUGACUUUUGUUUUUGUGUGUUUGCAGCUGUGGACAGUGUGUUGAAGAGAAUGACCAUCAUUGGAGUCAUCCUGUCCUUCCGUUCCCUGGCUCAGGAGGCCCUGAGAGAUGUAAGACACACACACACACACACACACACACACACACACACACACACACACACACACACACACACACACACACACACACACACACACACACACACACACACACACACGUACAAUACACACUAAAAUCACCAAUUGGAAACAGUGGUAUUAUUUGUGAUCAGCAAACUGACUGGUCCUUUAAAGAAUGUGUUGCUUCAUUACUCUCUAACUAGACUGUCCCUGCUUUGCUCUCUCUCCAGGUGUUAUCCUGUCACAUUCCUUUCCUGGUCAGUUCAGUGGAGGAUUUCAAAGACCACAUUCCCAGAGAGACAGACAUGAAGGUACAAAUACACUGAGGACUUGAAUAUAUAUACAUUCAAGCUCAUAACUAUAUGUCUUUGUUAACUUGCUCCCUCAUAUGCUUACCUGUGUUUUUCAGGUGGCCAUGAAUGUCUACGAGCUGUCAUCAGCAGCAGGUUUACCUUGCGAGAUUGACCCAGCUCUUGUGGUAGCUUUGUCCUCACAGAAAAGCGGUAAGAGACACACAAACACAUCUCCUAUUUUCUGAUAAUCCCUCUGUAUUUGUUUUUCAGACAUGCAGUUUAAUACCUAAAUUAACACAGGGUAUCAACAUGGUCUAAAAAGGCUUUAAAUGUCUAAAAUCCAAUUGUUUUAUUUUAAGGCCUUAAAAUGUCUAUGAUUGUCUAAAAUUCUCUUAAAAAGUCAUAAAAUGUCUUAAAUAGGAUUUUGAAAGGUCAUAAAAUUGUGUUCACUCUUCUUACAAAUAAAUAACAUGCAAUAUGAAUAUAGAUAGACUUGAAGGAAUGUAAGAUAUUCUGAUUUCCCUUCAUGUCUUUUGAACUUUUUUGCAGUAUGGCUCUAAAAUGAGUCUGAAGUUUAUUCAUUACGGUCUUAAAAAAGACUGAAACUGUUUUGAAUAUGACUUGUUGAAACCUGCAGAGACUUUGUUAACAGCCUGUUUCCCUUUUACACCAUUUCACUCUAUAUAUGUGUUCUCUAUGUCCCAUUCACAAUUUUUAGGAAGUGUACAAACAAACCAGUUGUUGAGACUAAAGGUCCUUUCACACCAGGACCAUUUUUGUCGUGCGAUUAUUUCGGACGUCAAUAUUGUUUUUGGAACCCGUAUCCUGUCAAUACAAGCGUUCACAUCAGCGACGUUUUCCCGUCCUGUGAUAUUGCGGCAUUUAUUUUUUCGGAUCAUGGUCAAUUUUUCGAAGUUGGUCGAAGUUUUGCAUACCGUGUCCACUUCUGACCAAUCAGAUUGCGUGUUGUUGCGACGUCAGAUUCACCGGUAUAUCCAACAUGGCUGACCGGCUGAUUUUAUGAUUGUUUACACAAACAAUACAAAGAUAACGACCUGAAGGACGACUCGUGGAGAGUCAUAGCAUCGGAUUUCUGAUAUGACGAUGUUUUGUGUGCUUUAACAGUUUGCUUUGUUUUAACUUUCAUCUGUGCUAACAUAAGCUAACAGUUGUUACCAUAGUUUCAUGUGCUUAUCUGGUCGCAAAAUCACAUCGGGCUUGUUGUGUAUAGUCAGGUGCGUCAAAAUUCGCCUCAGAAUAUUUCGUAAUUUCGCGUUCUAUAUUCGCGUCAACCCCGGCGUGUAAGGACCUUUACUGUCAAUCAGCAUUAUCUGAAGCCACAGUUUAUCUGUACCAAUAGCAUUUACAACAUUUACUUUUCAACCUUAAUUGGAGACUGUGAGAGCUGCAAAUGGAAUAGCCAGUAAUAAAAUACUGUCUAUUGUCCCCUGGCCUCCAAAGUCUUUAUUUUGACCCCCAUAGAUGGAGGUUUCCUUUGUAUCCCAUCAAAGUGCCAGACUGUUUAAAGCUAAGAUAAAACAGUGUCACGAGUCUGAUGAGAGCUUGUGUGUUUGCAGAGAACAUCAGUCCAGAGGAGGAGUAUAAGAUCGCCUGUCUACUGAUGGUGUUUGUGGCCGUUUCCCUGCCAACUCUGGCAAGCAACGUGAUGUCACAGUACAGCCCUGCCAUAGAAGGUAAACUGCGCAUCGGUGUUGUUUGUCAAAACCUAAGUCAGACUUGUUUUAAACGGAUUACUUUGAACAAACCAGUUGUCUACUUUUCCUGGAAACCAUGAGGACAAGAAUUGUGGUUCUGAUUUUGUGGUCUCCAUGUGAUUAUAUAUUUUUUCCCCUGUCAUCCCCUGUUGACUUUUAUAUCCAGGCAAAGCACAGGUUCAGAGUCAGGGAGCAGUGCUGCAGAAAGCAUUACACAUCAUAGAUCACAUAAUUUAUUACAUUAGUGGCAUUAGAAGGUUUUGCAUGCAAAUGAGAAUGACCUUAUGUCCUCUGAUUGAUUAAUUUGUGAGCCUCAUCGUCACUGUCAUUACCUACAUUUUGAAUAUUUGUUUCAAAACUGUCACCUGUUAAACCUUCUCUGUUGCCUUGUUUUGUUAUUUAAGGAUUCAGUUAGCAAACUACAUGUAACAUUAAGCACAAGAGAGACACCCCAUUCUGGUUGAUUAGGACUUUUGAUAAGGUAUCAAAGAGGUCUGUCACUCAGAGAGGAAUUAUCAAGACCUUGCCUUCUAACAACCUUGAAAUGAGAGGCGCCAUUGUUAAUAGGGGACAUUUGAAAAGGAUAAUGAGUUGUAAUGGGCUCCACCAUUGUUAGUAUGCAGACUGCAUAAUGGUGAGCAAUUGGUUUUCCGGCAGCACAUCUUAAUACAUGGCGCCAGCGAAUGCACACCAACCGUCUUAUGAAAUUCCAAUUACACAAACACUUUAUAGUUCCAUACUUUUUAUGCAUUGCACAUUCUCGCAUAAUGACAGCAUAAAAAUACAGAGAAAUGUAAUACAUAAAAACAGCCACAAUUGUCAGAAAUUAAACCAUAGUUACUUGAUAUUCAAGUAUAGAUGACGGCUUUAGGGUUCCUUUCUAACUGUGUGUGUUUGCUGCCCCCUACAGGCCACUGCAACAACAUCCACUGCCUGGCCAAAGCAAUCAACCAGAUUGCUGCAGCUCUGUUCACCAUCCACAAGGGGAGCAUAGAGGACCGCCUCAAAGAAUUCCUGGCUGUAAGAACAUUUCAAGAGUUUAGCUUUUUGCCAUUAACACCCUUUCUUUUCUUGAACCCCUGCAACACAAAUCAAUGAAUCUCACCUUUGUCUGUUCAUGAUUCCUUAUAAAAAUGUUUUGGAUUUUCAGAAGGGGAACAUGACAUCCACCUCAGACUGUCAUUUAUCCCCAACAUCAGAGUAUACAGUCUUCAUGUGCUGUAAUAAAAUAUCAGGUCUACAUUUAUUCAGUUCUUCAUAGAAACAAACACUGAUUGUUUUAGGUUGUCGACACUCAAGAAUUUGAGUUAGCACUUGUAUGUAAAGACGAUAACGCAUAUGACAAAGUGUUACCUCUUGUAGAAAGACCGUCUCUCAAACUUGUUUCUCUUUGUAUGUGUAGCUCGCCUCCUCUAGCCUGCUGAAGAUCGGACAAGAGACGGACAAGAUGACAACGCGUAACAGGGAAUCUGUUUACCUCCUGCUUGACAUGGUGAGAGAGACUGUCGGUUUGACUGCUUUUAAACCAAUACUUCACUUGAUUUGACCAAACCCGGCAAAACUACUGAAUAAUUCAGGCUUUUUUUAUCGAGAUGUCGAGGAUAGAAGAUUCAUAACUGAUGCCCCACCCUACCUUGACUCAGCUUUUUUCUUUUCCUUUUUUUUUCUUUUUUUUUUUUUUUUUUUUACAAUAAAAGAAACUGCAACAUAUUGCUCCUCUCAAUAUUACCACACAUAUCUGCGUCCAGGAAAGCAGACAGUUGGUAUAAAACCCAACGGCUUCAAACAGUGAGACAAUUACAUCAUCAUCUGAUAGAAUAUAUCUUAGUGGGCUUUCACAGCUAUGUCGUUAAGUGCGCACCAAAAAAAUACGUAAGAAACCUCCCCAGGACCUUGGUCCGGACAAAAUAGCUGGACCUUGAUUCGACCCGAAGAGGUGGUCUCGGUCCGGAGAAAACUGAACUACAGUCUGGUGUGUUUGUUAUUAUGAGUAGUGGAGAUUGUCCACAAACGAGAGAUUUUACAAUAUUGUAGAUAAAGUUUUACUCCACUAUUGACAUUUUAUUAUUUAAAGAGUUUUACAACACAGACUUUCUCUCCAGAGUCGGUGUUGGAAUGACUCGCAGGAUUGUAUACUUUCUUCUCCUUUCCUGUCGACCAUGAUAAAGUUGUUGUCUAAUGAUCAAAUUCAUAAGAUGAACUCGGACCAGGCGCAUGUACAGCUCUUCAAGUUAUUGCUGUUGGCAGUUAAAAAUCAACAAUAAUAUGAUAGGGGGAAUGACGAUUGCAUUCAUGUUUACAAUAAUUAAGACCCGUGUUAUUCACGUGUUGACUUCAGACCUCUGCUGGCCAAAUGACCAAUCAAUGUAAGUGUUGGUCUUUGUUGAGCUGAUGUUGUCAUUUGUGUUUCCAGAUUGUGCAGGAGUCUCCCUUCUUGACCAUGGACCUGCUGGAGUCCUGCUUCCCUUACGUCCUGCUGAGAAACGCCUACCACGCCGUCUACAAACAGAGCAUCAGUGCUAAUGCAUAGACACACACACACACACUACACAACAAAGGUCCAUCAUACUGUUUACUAUCAGGGUGUGUAGACAUGUACACAGCAACAAAGACACACUAGUAACUCAUUCUAACUUCAACUGAACACACUAAACUUUGCCCAAAAUGCCUCAACUUAAACGUUCUGAUCUAAUCAGUGUGUGAUGUGUACAUAAAAAUGUUGACACACUAAAUGAGUGGUAUUGAAAAGAAGACCACAACAAAUACACUAAAUGCCAAAAGAACAUACAGAACAACAAUUUAAUGCACAAAGUCGACAACAAAUCUGACAGGAAACACAAACACUAGCUGGAAGAAGUUGGGGGAUCAGUAUCUUUAUUUUAAUCUGUGUACUUUUUCAUGAUGUUGCCAGGGACCAUAACCAUAGCAACACAUAAUAUACCAUAUGUUUGGUUGGUAUAAAAGAACAAAAAUAUAAAUAUAUAGUAUAUAUAUAGUUGACACUAAAAUAUUUUCUUUAUUUGUUCCAUUUUUUCGAUAAAGAUUUGAGAUUUUAGUGGCCAGCUGACAACUCUUAUGUGGUGAUGGAUUUGGAUGCUUACUUUGGGAAUGCAAAUGAUGUGAUGUGGGUUAUUAUUAUUUUUUUGUUUUUGCUUUUAUCCGAAGAGGGUGGGUGAGGAUUCCUGGUGUUGAUAACGAAAGAUAUGUUGCUUGUUAAUGUAAGUUUACACUCAGAUACACAUUGACAGACAUCCUGAGCAGAUAUAAAGCUACAUUCACACACUAAUCUUUCCACAUUUCAUGAUAAACACAAGCAUUUGUAUAACAUGGUGAUAUUUUCUUUCUUUUUCAAGCUAGUUGUAACAUGAGAUUUUUGUGGGUAAAGAUAUAAUAUCUGUAUUCUACUUUGAUGUGAACUGAACUUGUCUGUUUUUAAUGUUUAUGUUUUGUUAUUUUUAUGAUGAUGAUGAUGAUGAUGACAAUGAUGAUGAUGACGAUUUGCCAAAUGUGUUAACACUAAAAAAGUUGUAUCAGGGCUUGAAAGUGGUGGAGUGUUUGAGUAUUAAUGGGUGAAAUGCCAUUUUUAGGUGUUGAGUUUAACAAUGGACUUUAUGGAAACAAUCCGCCUGACCCUGCGGCAGCUCAGCUAAACAAAAGGGGGUGACACAAACUUUUACAGUGAACAGAAAAAUGUAUAUUGAAGUAACACUAUCAAAAAAAAAAAAACCUUCAGCACAUCUACAUAUAUCCCAAACGGCUGUUUUCUCUUGACGUCCAUUAGGUUUUGCUCUUUUUCUCAAGUUGUAAAAAAAAAAAAAAAUGGAACAAGCCAGUGGAAUAUUGAACUUAGAUAAUCACCUACAAAAUACUUCCUGGCACCCUCUGGUCUCCGAGAAGAGGAUGCUCUCUGUCCAAUUUUGACAGUCGCUGGCUUGUAGUGUGGGCUGGUAGCGGGCCCUUUUGAAACAGCUGGAGUGAAAGUGCCUUUCUCAAAGGUACCUCUUACAGCAGCUGUCACACUCCAACAGACACAUGGCCUUACCCCUUAAUAUGGACCAUGACUAAUAUUCAGUAUAUGAUUUAAACCAAGUCACCCAGAACCCCCUUUAAAUCCCAAUUGGCCAGACCUGUGAGGAAAAACCUGGAGCUGCAAUAAGACAAGAAAUAAAUGUAUAUAUACAUAUACACACUGGGUGGUGUUUUCACUGCAUUUAUAAACUGCAGUCGAUGAGACGUCCCUUCAGUGACCUUUACAUUAGAGCAGUCGAUUAGGAUUUUUUUAACAGACAGACUUAUAAAAAACUUUUACAAAGUGCAGUCUGAUUUCUUUUUCACUCCAUUGAGGCAUGGCAAAGGGCUACAUAUUGAGACACAAACCAUGCUCCCUCUAUGCCAGCCCUCUGCUGAUGUAUGACUAACACCAGGGAUCCGUCUGAGCGCUCAUACUGCAUACUAUUUUACUCUAGGCUUUAGAAGAAGCAGCGGCAAGGUGAAGAGAAGUUCAUAGUAUGUAGCAGGAAAACACUAUAAACUGGAGUAGUCUGCACACUACAGUAAACAAAUAUACUACUUGUGUUUUUAAGUCGAUAGUAUGCAUUGUAAGUAUGUGAGGACAGAUCCAUGGACUCAUUCUGCCAUUUGAUGUGGAAUGAUUGCUGUUUUCUUUCUAACCUCUUUUUUUGUGUCUCUGAUUCCACCGUGUAACUUAAAUGACAUGAAUAAAAUAAAUUUUAGGGCUGUCAGACCUGAGCUGUGAGUGUGUGACACUGCUUCGUGAGUAUGGCUGAGGUCAGGUUAGGUGAAAACGUUAAGUGAGAGCACCUUAUUUGAACCCAACACUUUUAUUGAAGCCAUGAGAUGACUGCAGUCUUCUCCUGAUUAAACCGAGAACGACACAGAGACUGUCAAGACGCUGCUUUGAAGUGUCACCUUAUACAGAUUAAAAAAGACAGCUGAACUUAUCCAAGGCAAACAUAUAUGAUUGAAAUAAUCCUCAAUAAAUUACAGGUCUUCUUAGUCUGCCAUCAAUCCAUUAACACUCGGCUUAUUAAAUACUUACACAAAUGAGUUAAUUACCUGAACAUGAAAUUUACACAUGAAUAUUUUCAAUUUUAUUGCAACCCGACAGUACUUUAGAUCCAAAUGGAAAAUACACAGUUCCCUAAAAUACAAUUUAUUGAGGAAAAAGUCAUUAUUUUUACUUGAUUGAAAGUUUUACAACAAUUUUUGGUCAAGCAUGACAAGAUUUAUCAUGAUAAACUAUAAAUCAUUUCCCAGGUUUGACACAAAAUGACUCUUUCCCUAACCCUAACAUUUUUCCAACAAUUACUGAGAGAAAUAACCAGAACACCAGGCUAUGAAAGAUCAACACCAUCACUACCAGUGUAAUGAACUGUCACCUUUACUUCUAAGCAGUUUUGUGAUUACCUACAGUGGCCACUAGGGGGCAACCAGAACCAAACUUACAUCAUAGCAUUAGGAAGGAGGAAAACCAAACUAACUCACAUUGAUAUUGUUAAUGGUCGAAAGUGAGUGUUCCUGGAUUUUGUUGAAACAGAUCAACAUUGCGUUCGUUAGCAUGCUGUGUACUGAUUGCUUUUCCCACGUCUAUAAUUAUUUUUUAUUAUUUUUUAUUAUUAUUACAUUUUUAUUUUAUGGAUCAAACACAAUAAAAAUACAGUUUGACUUUAAAGUAAAUGAGAAAUUCAUUUUCUCUUGCAAAUUGUCAACUGAUGGCAACAGCACUUAUAAAAGUAAAUAGUUAAUUUCUCUUCAAUGUCAGUGUGGAGAGUGAAAGAAGAACUAAUGAUGGACCUCUGCAAAAAAAGGGGGGAGAAAUUUGCUUGAAGGAUUUUUUUCUCUUAGUGCUAAAUCUUUUAAUUCUAGUGUUUUACUCACUGCUACAGAGCAUCACUUUGACAACACUUAUGUCAGUUUAAAAUUAGACCAAAGUUAAAAGAAACCUAAAAUCAAAAUGAAAAAGGAAUGCAGUAAAACCAUGGUGGAGGAGAUAUGAAGAGGUUAGUCAGUUAAAAUGUUACAGCUCUGAGGAAAGAAAACUUUGUAGCAAUAAUGUUGCUAAAAAAACAAACAACAAAAACCCAACAACUUUAAAUCGGUAAAUUUCAGAAACCUAGAUGAGGGUUGGUUUAUUGUCGCUAACUCACUUGCUGAUGUAUUAGAGCCUUCAUCUGUGGCGCUAACUUUGCUCAACUUCAGUAGCUCGCAGUUAGCCCAAAGAUAAAAAGGAACUCUAGGCUCUGUUAUAUGAAUUUAUUUUGAAUUGGGAAGUUGAAAUAAAAUAUAAAUUACACUGAUAGUGACUAUUGGUCACUUUGUUUACAGAGCAGUAGACUGUAAGUUUGUUUGAGGUUGUCAAAAGAUUGUUUUCAGAAAGCUACUCUGGCUAAGGAGAAAACGUUCCUCAUUAAGUGGCCAUUAAAGUUGAGGUUUGAUAAUAUCGAUGUUCUAUUUUAAGGAGUCAUGUUGAGUUAAAUGCACCAGGAGAGGUCUGUCAGUUUUUGGCACCUGGUUUGUUAACUUCAGGGACAGCUAGUCUGUUACUCCUCCUACUUUAACGUAACACCUCUCUCUUCAUAUAAGUCUUAAACUGAAUCAAUGUCUUGUCAUAUUGAUGCUGUGCCUGAGAUAAAGGCCAGAGUCUGUUGCUUUGUCCAGAUUAUCAAAGACCGUUGCCUCUUCUGUACUGAAACCACUUCUCUGGCUCAGCCAUCCUGAGUGCUGGGUUCUUCCUCAUCUUCUUCAGGUACAGGGUUUUUCAGCUUACCUAAAACAAAAAUGAAACUCAAAUUAAACACUACUAAAAACACGGAUUGAUAAAAUGUUUAAACUGAACCACCCGUAUAGUCAAUAAAUGGCACCUACCUUUACCCCUCAGAUCUUACAAGUGUACAGAUGGCACACAUUCAUCACACUCCAUCAGUAUGCACAGUAAAAUGUAAAAAAGCAUCAUUCGUGUGAAUGUUUUUGAUGUUCUGAUACUACUAGUUUUCGUAUGGUUAGUAGACCAACUUCGACAUGUUGCAGUUAUAGUUAUUGUUAGCUGGUAUCUUCUGGCUUUUGGCCACAUUCAUAUGCAAAGAUAUCAAUGUCAAUGUGUCCACUGGGGAAAAUGUCUGAUAAAAAUUUACAAUAAUGGUCCAAAUAUCAGACAUUUCUUCUCUGUUAAAAUACAUGUAAAAAGGUAGGUCAAGAACAUCCUCUUACAGCACAUCUGUGGAUGUUAAGGCUCUACAGGCUCAUAUGGUAAAACACUGAGGCACACACACACACACACUCACUCACAAACACAAAUAGACAUGUCAGCUGUUCACGCAGAGACAGGGAAUGAUGAUCUCCAAACAACAGGGUCACAAAGAUGUAUGACACAGCAUGAAAUGCAUUGUAUAUUUUGCGAAAGCGAUGGUUCCCACUGAUAAAAACUCAUGUGCUUCAGAAAUCUUUGAAUAUAGUACAUCUUUAUUCACAAGCAAAACUUCAUCACGGUGAUUUAUAUGUAACAGAUUCACCACUUUUAACUUAAACCCCUAUGUGUGUGUGUGUGUGUGUGUGUGUGUGUGUGUGUGGUUGUUAAAGCACAUGGAAGAGGAAGAGACAAAUCAAAGCAUAGAGUAUUUCUGUGGAGCACAGGAGGAAAGCAGUGAUGUUAAUAGGGUCGUAUGAACUAUGCCGACUAAGAGGAAAUGUAGUUAUUGAAAGACAAAGAGAUGACAGUGAGUAAAGGUGGCUAUCGUGAGACAGAGUCUGGACUUGACGCUUCCUUGCUGUUGUCGCAUGACACAUCUGAGAAAAAGGUAGAGAGAUGGGGGAUGGGUAGUGAAGAGGUCGUGCAAAGAAAGAGAGGGAAAGACAGGGUUGUUAGUGCUGUUUCUGGUUGUUAAUGUGUAAAGUUAGACAGUAAAUAUUGGUAAAGACAGAGUGUGUCUGAUGUCGUUAUGUAAGCAAAAGUGUGUAAAAUUUCUAAUUUGUGUGAACUAUUGAAAAAAACUACUGUGUGAGGUGAGCAGAACUAUUAAACCAGUAUCACUGCAUUUACGAUUUGCUCCGACCAUGUUUUUGUGCAGGCAACAAGUCUUCAUGCAACACGGUCCAUCAUGUAGAAAAUGUGGUGAAGUGUCAGGGUUUAACUAGUUUAAGACCAAGGGCUAUACUAAAUCGAGUAAAAAGUAAGAUUAUGGUUUAAGCAGAAAAAGUUAUAGCCAAGUUGUUACAGUCCCUUUGGGGACAUGAAGGAAUAAAAUCAGGUUUCUCAAGAAAUGUCCCAAUUUUUGAGACGAGGCAAAGUGGAACUUUAACAGUGACCAAGCGUACACUGUUAGAGAGAUUUGUUGAAUUAGAUUUUUCAAUUGGCAUUGCACCCAAGGAUGUGAUUUGAUGUGAUAUCAAAACACAGCGGUCUGAGGAGCCACACACAAACCUCAACCAAAAAGCCUCUAUAGCCACAAAUAAUACUCAGAACAGCACCUAACUUCAUCGACAGUACAUAUAGGGUCCCAGCCAUAGUAACAUCUUUCCACCAUUUCUUGGAAAUGAUCUCUCUUUUAAUGGAAAGGCUACCCCAUCUGCAGUGCAAAAUGAUUAAUCUGGUGAUUAUUACUUCAUUACUUACUAGUAAUUAUCAUAAAUGUUCUUCCUUGAGCUGCCCCCCCCCCCCCCCCGCUUCAGUCAAUGAUGGACUGGUCGAGGUCUUGCUACAAACAAGCGGCUGCUGGAGGAGAGAGGGUGAGUUGUGUUUAGUCUCUUUGCUAAAGAAACUGGGCAAAGCUAAAAAGAUAUUUGGUGGCUAGUACCAUGGCUGGGACCCUAUAUGUACUGUUGAUGAAGUUAGGUGCUGUUCUGAGUAUUAUUUGUGGCUAUAGAGGCUUUUUGGUUGAGGUUUGUGUGUGGCUCCUCAGACCGCUGUGUUUUGCUAUCCUGUGUCCGUUGCUGAAGUUGGUAUAACUAGAGAAGCAAGUAGUCUGCAAAAAUCACCCUUUUGUGUCUAACUCAGUGUUAUGGUGUGUUUGACCCUAAAUUAACUCUACGCUGGAAUAUCCCUUUAAACUCGACUGUACUGAAUAAACAGUGAUUGAAGAUUGAACACUCAGUCAUUGUUGAUGUUCCACCAUGCUUUAACUCUGAAGUAGAAAGUAACCUGAGUGAAAUGCUUCUGUGAGACUUUGAGAACAUACACUUACAGAAGUAUCUGCAAUGAAUUGAGGCACUUUUAAUGUUUGUUUAUAACUUAGGUCUGGAUGAAAAUUCCCCACUGCGACUCUAAACAGCGUUUAGCUCUCUUAUAACCACAUUAGGCCGUGUAUUAUUAUUGUGGCCUCUAAAGACUGAUGCCUUAAUUUUAGCCAAGCACGCAAACAGCAGAUAUCUAUAGAGUUUGUGGCAACCUUCCUAAAAGCUUUAUUAUCAUUUAUUCAAAUAGUUGAUUGCCUCUCCUGAUGCAAAACUAAACCAAGUUGCUAACAAACUGUUAUAGGUACAGCUGUUUUACAGUUGAUGUAGUGGGCAAUCAUCUGUGUUUGCAGAGUAGGAAUCCCAAAUUACUGGGAUAUGCGUCUGAAUUUCUGACACCCAAGAUCAAAUUGAAUGCAACACUUCUUCCGUUAAUGAAGCUAUUUUUUUUUAAAGUUUUAUUGAUAGUACGUAAUACUACAAUUUAUCAAUCGAAACCCGGCUUCAUGAGGAGCGUACUGCUGCAGUGUAUAAAUAUUUCUGUCUAAAAACAGUUUUACCCCCACUGCUGUUGCUCUCUGCCACGCCCCUCUCCUGAUUGGCUAACAGCAGACCCGCGUCAUUCCCAUUGGCUUCUUCUUCCCCAUUGUGAUUGGCCCACAAAGCGCUGGCAUAUAGCUGUGCUGUGAUAGGGCUCAACUGGUCGUCUGCCUCACAAAGCCCCGCCCCUAGAAGCUGCUGCUCCACCCCCAGUUGAAGCUCUGGGGAGAGAAGAGCGCCUCUGGUGGACAUAAGCUCAAACUACAGUGAUGUUAAAAUGGCGUAGAAAAAGCCAGGAUAACAAAAAAAAAAAACAAAACAAAAAAAAAAAAAGGAUUUUUAAAUACAGUGAAUAUAACUUAAGAUUUUAAAAAACUUAAACUGCAAAAUAAUUGUAAUAAUAAUAAAUUAUACAGAGACAAAAAGAUGAUAGAGUUGAUUUUUCUGACAUCUUAGAUACUGUAUUUUCAGGUGAUAAGGCGCACUGGAUUAUACAGCGCACUGUGAAUUAACGUGUCUUUUUUCACACAACCACACGCACCGGCGUAUUAAGCAUUGAUUGGUUUAUUGUUGCUAGCAUGUACUCUGGGCCCGGGUUGCCUUACAUGAAUGCACUUCCAGUUUAGACAUUACAGUUAGGCAGUCUUGUAGACUGCUCAGGGGUCCUGUUACGGGCUGAUCAGGUUGUGACAAAGGGUACCGCAAUGCUCUGAAUAUCCCUUAAGCGGAGCGGCUUCAUUGCUUACCAAAGUGGUAGUUACACAUUUUGACAGAUUUUUGAGCACAUUGUACCACAUAGAAUUGGUCAGUAAGCACAACAAGUAAUCAUACAUAAGGCACACUGGAUCAUAAGGCGCUCUGUCAAUGUUUGAGAAAAUUUAAGGAUUUUAAGUGUGCCUUAUAGUCCAAAAAAUACAAUACUUGUAGGGCAGGUACCUAAUAUACGGUAAAAUCAGCCCUAUUGAAAUUCUUAUUGAAUAUUAAGAUUCUUAUUGAAAUGUAGUUUUGACUGCUCCUCAUAUUCAUAAAUACAUGGGUUGAGUGCUCAGGCAGUUACUCAUGAGGCUUUUAGCUAACUGGCCUGGCCAACACAUCAACUCUCUCUCUCCAUCUCUCUCUCUCUCUCUCUCUCUCUCUCUCUCUCUCUCUCUCUCUCUCUCUCUCUCUCUCUUAGACUGGAUCAAUAAAAGAAAAGCUUUUACUGUCUCCACUUCCCGGAACCAGCUCAGUGCAUCAGCUCUGCACCCAUGCUUGUGAUGUAUAUAUGUAUAUUUUUAUAUUACUUUCUCCUCUUUGAUACAUGUACCCACCUCUGUAUUGCAGAACCUUUUAAAUAGACAUCUGUUUAGCAUAUGUAUUCGAAGACAUACAAUAUGUAUGCUGAAAAUAAUAUAAAUGUAUUGCUCGGUCAGCCUUUGUGAACUGUGGAGCUCAACAGAAAGGCCGCAGUAGUUUCCUCUGGCUCUGUAAGGGUUUUAUGAAUUAUUCAGUGAAACGAUGAUAACGAAAUAACAACAACUCUUUUAGAGAUAAAAGCAGUCAGGCAGGGAAAGCUUUUUGUCCUGUAGUACCUGUGUAGUAUUUACUGAUACAGAGACCGUAGAGUACACAACUUAUGUAAACCAGUCUUAUGUCACCUACAAGUAAACAACACUUUUACUACUACUUUCAAUAAAACAACAAUGAUUGGCUCCUUUAAAUGAACAACUUUUAAUUGACUAAUCAUGCUGAAAGCCAAAAAAGAAUAAAAGCUGAAUACAUUAGUAUUUCAGCUUGAGUUAAAACCAAUGUGUUUUAUUGGUGAUUUUACUGGCAAGGGCUUUGACCCAAACUGCACACAUUUAAUCCCACUGCCAUCGUUCAGAAAGGAACCUUAGUUAUUGAGUAUUUUCUUUAAGAUAAACAAAUAAAAAAUGAGAUAUUGCUAACUCUUGUAUUUUAUUUCCACUGGGAACUACCAAGACUUAAUUUUAUGGUAUACUAAUACAACAAGAUAAUGAGCUAACUCAGGGCCAAUCAGAAACCACUACCUUUCCCCAAAUCACCACAUUUCCCCGUCCCCCUGUCAGCUGAACCUUCUGAUCUGAGCUGAACAAAUAUUGGGGGAAAAAAAAAAAACAGAGCUGGGAGUAAAACAGGAAAUGUCUAUAGAUAAGACAAACAGUGUGUAAUAAAGUAAAACAAACAGAAGGUCCAUAAAAAACAAACAUACAGUAUAGAGAUCAUGACACUGAAGACACAAGAGGAGAGCAGCUGCAACAAAAGCGUCACGAUCACAGACUUUAAUAAGGACACAGUUCAGAAUAAGGGUCAGAGAGUGAGUGUUAGUUCAACUUGAAAUGUGCUGCGUGUUAAUGGGGACAUGCCUGACAUAGACUGUGAUGACAUUUGAUAUCUGAGGGACUGAGGCCGAUUACUACUCAUCAGAAAUGUAGAAAUGAUUUGCAUGGAGGUCAUGCCGUGUGUUAGAAAUGACAUGAACAAUGCAAACCUUCAUUCCUAAAGCAUUUCUUUAGAGGCCUUUUAACAGAUGUUUACACAACUGGUUCCUCUGCUUUCUCCCAGUCCUCCCAUGUGUUUCAGUUUGUGCUUUAGUGCUUUCAGUAGCAUCUUUUUUUGUUUGUGUAUGGCAUUAUUUCCUGCACACCUCUCUAUUCUUCCACUUGCCUUUAAAUGGGGCACAUCUUAAUAGGGUUCGACUGCAGAGAUCGACCUGGGAUGCACCAAGUACAUCAUCGAACAUAAUCCUCUUCUCAGAGGGGAAACAGAUUUUUCUGCUUUGCUUCUGCUAAACAGAUUUCAUAAGCUCCAGCUGUACAUUGUGCACACCUUGAGGCCUUUGUUUACCUUUCAUCGAGGGUGGAGCGUAGGUGCUCUGCUUCCUCUGAGAGGCCUCAGAAGCCUGAAGAGGAGAAACAUUAACCUGAUUUCAUACAGUCACAACCAUUACAGUAAGACAUUUGGUAUGAGGAAGGUUCUGAAAAAUACUGAAAGAGUUCAAAAUAUUAAAUGGAAGUUCUGAUGAUCUGAGUAAAACAUCCAACACAGGCUGGACAGACUUUACUAUCUGCCCACAUCUCAUGAACUUUCUCCUGACCUGCUGCUAUGAGGCAUUUCUCAUCUUAUCACUGUUAUCUUCUGAGUUUAUUACACUUAUUUACAACCCACUAUCUAUGAGAUUGUGUUUCCCUAUUCCAAUAAACAAAACAAAUACAAUUAAAGUAAGUAAACUUGCGGGAAGAGAUAACAUCCCGAUGUUUAAAUUGUUAUUGUGCUGUUAAUUCUGGAUACAUCACAGGAAACUCAAUACUAAGCCGUGAAGUUGUGUGUCUAUAAGAACCUUAGAUUUAAAAACUCUUUCUCAAAACCUAAUUUAUUGUUUUUACAUAAAAAGAAAAUCAGAACAAACCUGUGACUCCCCACUGGCGUUGUGUUGAUCACCGACAUCUACAAAAGGGAAGAGACAGCAGUAUUGGGACUUGUUUUUAACGAUUCAUCUGCAAUCAAUUUCCUACAUCACUUUUUCCACAUCAGUCAACAGAUGUUCUUUUACUCUCUUGCCACUCAAAGUCAAGUUUCUACGAUGGAGUAUUAGGCCACAUUAAGAAAAGAAAAAAAAAAAAUUAAAGAUCAAAGUCGUUAAUUUACAAGAAUGGAGUAAUUACAAACGAGAAAAAGGUCAUUACUUAUGAUAAUGUGAUGCUUAUGUGCCAAAAGAUUAAGCAUCUCCUUGUUUGAGAAAUCUAUACUGAAGUACAUUUUCAGGAAAUGCUCCAUGGCUCUCACUUCAACAACUGUCAUCUUACUCAACAGAUUAGAAUAUAAGGACUGUAUCAUGACUUUAUUCUCCUAAGUAAUUACUUUAUUACAAUUUUAUUCUCAUACGAAAUUAUUUUAUUAUGAUUUUAGUCUCAUUAUGAAUUUAUUAUGACUUUGUUCUCAGAAGUAAUGAUUUUAAUCUCAAAGUCUUUUUUUUUUUUUUUCUCAAUGUGGCCCUAAUACUCGUCGUAAGUUUCUUCACUCCUCAACUGCUUUCCAAAUUAUGCUGUGGUGACAAUUUGAUUGCUGCUCAGUCACAGACACUUUGACACUAAAAAAAGUCAUAAUUUAUUUACCUCCAUUGAUUGGGAAGGAUGGUGACCUGUCUCACUGGAGUCUGGGUGUACACAUUUACAGCUAACUUCCUACUUAAAUGUUCAGUAUCUACAUUUUUGGCAACAUCCUAACUGUGCCGGUUCAAAAGGUGUGAAACUGAGGUGUAUCACUGAUAACAUCAGCCUUUCCAGUGCCAAAUAACUGCAUGUACAAACUGUAAGCCUGGUUAUGCCAACAUUGACCAAACUUAUCAUUAAAUACAUCCUCUUGAUAGCUAUUGAAGAAAAUACAGAUACAUAAGCCUGUUGUCUCAUACUGACUAUUGCACAGGAAACGGUUAAUCUCACCCUCCUGCUAUGGCGCUUUAGUAUUUAAACCGUAAUAUGGAAAUUGUAAAUUAAUUCUACUUAUUUAAAAUUAAUUCUAAUUUAAUAACGUUCACAUAAAACAUGAUUAGCUAAAAAAAAUAACUAGGAAACAGCUUGAGCUGUGGGAUCUAACACUGUCCAUUGAUCAGUCUACUGUUUCAAACCACAAAGGGCAGCUUCCUUCUUUUUUGCACUUUAUGAAUUAUGAAUAAAGUUAGGGAGUACCCAGUGCAGGAUUCAAAAACCAUGGUAUUCACCAAUGAGUUGUUACCUUUUUAACACCUGCAAGCUAUUAUAGUCCUCUUUUGAAAUGGGCAAUUGACCAAGUGGUAACUCUGCUCCUUUUUAGUUCAGAUACUGUAUGUAAAUACAUAGCCCAUGAAAUCAGCUAUCGUUUUCUUGAACUUAGUAUUGAAGCCUAUUGAUGACGGUUGCAACAUUGGAAAUGCUGACUCAACUAGCAAGAGAGUUUAUAGCCUCUUUAUUUACAGCUAUAAUAUGCCCACCUGUCAGUCAAGUCAGCAUUCUCCCCAGUAAUGCAAAACAAAUGACUAAAAUAUUUUUAAAACUGAUGAAUUAUGGAAAACUCACUUCGCUAACAGUGUGUUUUGAUCCAGAAAUUAGCUACCUAGCCCUAACCACUAAGUCUCAGAUAUCAUCUCUUCACACUGUCUAUCUUAAAGGGAUAUUCCGGCAUAAAAUUCAUUUAGGGUCAAACACACCAUAACGCUGAGCUAGACACCCCCUUGAGAGAUGAAUGUUGCCAAUGUUGUACCAACUUCAACAACACAAUUCACCCACUCUUCCAGCAGCCGCUUGUUUGUGGGGGGAGCCUUGAUGAGUCAGUCACCGAUCAUUAUUACAUCAUUUCUAUGGAGUAAUAAUAAUCAUAAUAAUCAUUUUGCACUGCAGACAUGGUAGUUCCUCUGCUUUAGCAUCUCAGUCUGAUUGCAUUUCAUAAAUGUUCUUCCUUGAACUGCGAAACUCCGCUGCACUCGGUGAUCAACUCGUCAGGUCUCCCCCACAAACAAGCGGCUGCUGGAGGAGAGUGGGUGAGUUGGGUUUGGUCUCUAUAGCUGGGACCCUAUAUGUACUGUUGAUGAAGUUAAGGGCUUUUCUAAGCAUUGUUUGUGGCUAUAGAGUGGCUUUUUGGUUGAGGUUUGUGCGUGGAGACGUAGACCACUGUGUAUUAUUAUCGUGUGGUUGUUAGCAAAGCUGGUAUAACUAGAGAAGCAAGCAGUCAGGAACAUUCAUCUCUCAAGGGGGUGUCUGACUCUGUGUUACGGUUUGUUUGACCCUAACUUAAUUUUACACCGGAAUAUCCCUUUAACUCCAACUCUUUUAUCUCCAUAAGUAUUUUCAAGUUGCUUGUCAGAAUGUUAUAAAGGUAAUCUAUUACAGAGUGUUAAGAAAACUUUAUUUAUUGAGUCAACAAGCACUUCUUCUCUAAGCUCGGAAAUACAGUUUUGAUCCGCAGUGUUCUUUAGCUUUAAUUCAUUUUUAAAACAACACUUCUGAGCCAGAAGCAGAUUUUAUUCCUGGGAUAUUUAACAAAGAAGAUUAGCUUCAAAAAUGACAAGACUUUAUUCCCAGAGGUCACUGACAGGAGUCAGUGUUGACUUCAUCCAUACUCAGAGACACCCAAGUGGGGAACUUACACAAAUCACAAGCAUUUAUUGAGCUCAGACAUAACAUCUGCUCUGUGAAUAUCUUUGUUUCAGGUCAGGGGUGUACAUGCAGUUUUUGUUUUCACAGCUGCCAGCUGCUCCCACUCAGACUGACUGAUCAAAAUUAGGAAUGACAAUCCCAUGAAGACUUUGAUUUCUUUCUAAGAUACCAAACUUGUGUCUUGUCUUGGCCUGUUCUGUUUGUAUUUCCAGUCCUCCUGCUGUGUUUGAAAACCAACAAUCCUGUUCUUUGAGGAAAAAUGGUUUGCUUGAGAAUCCUUCAGGCGCCUGCAGAGCUUUGUGCAACUGCACCGAGAAAAAAAUGGAAUCAGGCCGAUUAUUCAAUCAGCCAGUUCCUGCACAGGGAUUUAUAAGCGCUUGGAGCCCUCCCAUAUGCUCACACACUCUCUCUCUCACACACACACAAACACACACUCCCAGCAUCCAUCAGUCCAGUCUGCACUGUGAGAUCACUUACCAAAAGCUGCAGCACAAAUCUAAUAAAGGUUCCAUUAUUGCUGCUGCUUUUCACCCCACCCCCCACCCCCCAUCUUUCUUUUUCUCUCUCUCUCUCCUUCUUUCUCACCUGUGCCAGGUUGUCUGUAGAUCUGCAGGGUAGCAGGAGUUGGUCGUCUUCGACGGAUCUGUAAACACACAAACACAAAAUAGUAAGUUUAAAUAGUUAACCCUUUGAAUUUCUUUGGGUUUUGUCUAGGCAUUUGUGUAUUUUUCUCCUGCAUGACUUUUUUUUUUUCCUUUAAUGAAUAAAUUAGUCUGUUUAAGCAUUUUAACUAUUGAAUCUCUUUGUCACCUUGUAGAUCGUGAUUUUUUUCUUCUUCUGUUUUAAAAUCCUCAUUUCUAUUUCAUUUCUGAUUUCGGUCAAUCUUUGGCUUUUCAUUUUAACCUGACAUAGUUUCAUAGUUAUCUAACUUUAAGCUCUUCAAAACACCUGCUGGAACUUAGUGUCCCCAUAAUUACACUUUAAAAACACACAGCUCGACACACCUCAUCAGGUUUGAAAAAACAAUAUUAAGAUCGUUUGAUUAACCACCGGAUAACUGCAAUUAUUAGUUAGUCAUCUAAAACGCCUUUAAAACGAUGACCAUCCUCUUGUUGUUUACUCUCUAUGAAAAAACAGAGCUUUCCCACAAACUGCUCAGCCAUAUGGAUAACAUAAACUGUGCAACUGACCACUGUUUAUUUCUAUGCAACAGGACAUUGUAGAUAUUUUAAACAUUUAAACUCAAUCAUGAGCACUUUCUUACGAAAAUCACUUUCUUCUUUCACAACUGCUGGGAAACUAAGUUCACGCUUGGCUCAGUUCCCACUACAGGAAUGUAAGUGUCCGUUGUCAUCGUCAAAGAGGGGUGGGCUAGUUUACAAGAUCGUAUCUCAUAAAACCACUGCUCAAAUUUAUCUCUGACCUCUGUAAGCUGUCCGUUUCCAACAUAGGGGCUCCCAAAUAGGCACAGAGGGGCCCUCAUCUGUCACUGUUCAUUACCGGCUUCCUUAGAAACGAACAACUUCCGUUUUACAUCGACUUCAACAGUUCAUAAAGACGUCAGCGAGGCAACAAGCAGCGAGCCUUACACAGAGAAGGGCUGUUUUCACUCCCUGAGGUGAUGUUUAAAGUUUCUGUUUCUUGUUACUGUAGGAGUCGCUCAGAUACAGCUGAAGGAGAAUUACGCCUCUGUUACUCUUACAUGGACUGUACAUCUGUGGUGUUCUGAACUCUUUGCUUACUCACUUGUAUGAAAAACAGAUCAGUCUGUUCGUUUGACUCUGUUUUCCCCUUUUAGAGAUCAGGCAUAAACUAGUUUCAUUCAGCCACAGAUUGUCUGUAACUGGAGUGAAUGUAACAGAACUUCUGCUGCUUGACUCUAUUGGAUUGUCACCUUUUUAGCAUCAUCUAUAUGAAGGAAACAAAAACAAACUAGCCACUCCAAUAAAAAAAUUUCUCAUGGUAUUAGAGUUUCUGAAACAUAUAAAACGAUGGCAGUAACAGGAUGUAUAUAAAGGAAUAUAGGACAACCGUUAACGCUUGUUUUAUUUGUCUUAAAUAGUUUUAUAGUUUUUUUUCCAUGUACCAUCCUCUAACAAACACAUAAAAAUACCCAAUUAAAGUGUGCAAACAUACAUGAACUCAAACCUAGCUUGCAAAACACUCAAGUGUGUCACAUGUGUGCCACUCAAAGAUGACAGACCCAUUAAAUACACAUACUGUUGCCCUGAAACACACACAGCAGUUUUCAUAGCACUGACUUAUGCACACAUGCUGAUCUGCACCCACACACAGAAAAUUCCUGACAAGACUCACAAGAUGACAGAUAGAAGCCCCAUUCAGCCCUCGUAUGCAUGAACCCACACCAUCCACCCCAACUCAGUGGCACACACACACACAUGCUCGGAUACGAGGACAUACACACACUCACAUGUUCAGCGGCCUGUGGGUCCAACUGUCCCUGCAGCGGGGGCACAGCAAACUGGAUCUUCUUCGGACUGCUGGGCUCCAUUAUUACUGACUGAGAGAUAGAAAGAAAGACAGACAGAAAGAGAGAGAGAGCGCAUGUGUGUUUGUGUGUGUGUGUGUGUUAGUCAAGGAGGGAGGGAGUAGUGAGGGAGGGAGUGGUCUUCCCUCGGCCUGCGGAGUCCAUUAUCACUAAUUGACAGACUUGCACAGAGAGAAAGGAAGAAUAGUGGCCUAGUCAUUGCAGCAUUUUCCUUAACAUAUGCUCUGAUCCAGGCUGAGGGAGUGCAGUGACGUCAGAAAUGUGCACACUGGUUGUUCUUGUGUUCCCUGUGAUGUUAUUCUGCACAGUAAUAAUCAGGAAAAGUGCAAACACAUGGGUUCACUCUGACUCCCAUUAAAUAAGACGGCAAUAAUUUACAGCUGUGACUGAAACGCUAGCAGUCACUAUUAGGCUGAAAGAGUAGAAGGGUGGAAACCAAAUUAUACUCCAAAAUACCAUCUAUUUAUUUCAUGCAUAAUCUCGCUUAAAUUGACCCAUUAACCACAGGCAAUCAAAACAUGGAAACAUGGAAACAGUUCAGUGUAAAUAGGGCAAUAACUGGACAAAUUGGGACCUGAAGACAACAGCAGGUUAAAAGUUUUUUUCAAAUUAAGUAAAAUGUGCUGAGCUCAGUUUCUACAAAAGAGUUCAGGGGUCAGAAGAGACAAGAUGACUUACUUGAUAUUUUCCAUUCAUGUUAGGGUGACCAUAUUCUGAUUUCCCAAAAAGAGGACAUGACUGUGCGGGGGCGGAGUCAUGGAGUUUUUCGGGUUAGAUCAAAUGUCUAAAUGUCUAGAUCAAAUACGCGUUUCUAACUCAGUAAGUCCAAGUCCACGUGACACAAACUCAAAACUUCCGUACAAAACUGUGGACAUUUAGAGGAUUUCAUAAACUUCCCCAGACAAAGCUGGACAAGGCCGGACAGCCCCCAAAAAAGAGGACAUGCCUGGGUAAAAGAGGACGUAUGAUCACCCUAAUUUAUGUGACAUGUCAGGGGACUUUAGUUAAAGCCCAAAACAUUAAGGAUUGUUAGUCGGUACUCAGACUCAUUAAAACUGCUUGAAAUAUGCCAUACAGCUACUUUUAAUUUAAAAAAUGAGGAAAUCAGAAGUAUCAACAAAAUGCAACUAGGUUUCCUAGGUAACUUCACUGAUUUCUUAUCACAGUAUUUCUAUGAUAAUUCUUAGAGGACUAUCUGCAAAAGAAACUCCAAACAUCCAUCUGUCCAUCCGUUUUCUGAUCUGGGAUUAGGUUGUGGUGGUAUCAGGUUAAGUAACCCCUCCUGUAAGCUUUCAUGCUACCCUGGCCUCUCCCUCUUGUUGAAUACAGCCACAAAUAAACCCCUCAGUGUGCUCAGGUAGCAUCCCUAUCCGGUGUCCAAAGAUACUCAGUUGUCAAGACCUUUAGAUACUUCAGCUCCUUUGCUUGGGGCAAAACUAACUCCCACCUUUCAAAUAAGCAGAGAUCCAUGGUGUCAGAGUUGGAGGUACUGAACGCCAUCUGGCUAUCCUCCUCUUAGCUGUGCCUGUAGACCUCCUCCAAUAAAAUUACAAACAGGAUCAGUCACAAAGACACUGA